GUGCAACAGAUAGUUUUGAUAGAACUCAGUGUAUAGAGACUAUGUGUCAUACAGGUGCAUAGAUCGCCCUCUGCCGGCAAACCCUGUUCCAGCAAGUUUGUCCCAGGAGACAGCCACACAUGGGAUUUGAUGAUGACCUGCACGUAAAGUCCAAUGAUCUGGAUAGCCUGGUGGUGCCCCAGAUUCUUUCUUCUUUGGUUUUUAGACCAGGCUCCCUUCCCUCCACGAUUCCAAACACAUACUUUCUGAAAUUUAAAAUCAGGUUCAGGCUAUCUGAGAUAGGCUUUUGUUAUUAACAUUCUUUAUCAGUAUUACCAGACCAACCAAAGACAUUUUCGCACUUCAGGCAAACCACAAAACGGCAUCUCCCCUGCCAGGGGGGAAAAGAAUGACCAAAGAUCUACAUUGGGAACAAGAGAGGAGUGAAUAUCUAUUUUCAGAAACAAGGCGAUGGAUCGAAUCAACUUUAUGCAGUGGUUGAAUUGGAAAUCAAAAUCAAAGUGGGGGGAUGGCAUACCCUCCAACAUUUCUCUGAGGAAAACAGGGUUGUCCCAUUCUACAAUGAUAAUGGUACUAUUUAUACCCCAUACAUCUUAUUGGGCAGCUUCCAACAUAUGUAAAAACAUAAUAAAACAUUAAACAUAAAAACCCCUUCUCUAUACAGGAUUACCUUCAGACGGCUCAGGGGGGUCAGAUAACUCCAUACCCUCCAACAUUUAUCCAAUGACAACAGGGACAUCCUAAGGAAAAGUGGGACAUUCCGGGAUCAAAUCAGAAACAGGAACGGCUUCUCUAAAUUAGGGAUGUCCCUGGAAAAUAGGGACACUUGGAGGGUUUGGAAUGGGCUACUCUGAAUCAUGUCAGGGAGGUGCAGACUCCAGAAGACCCUAGAGAACAGCUCCAACUGUUUCCUCUCUAGGGAUGGGAGGAGACUAGCAGUACAUCCUAUUUGCUGAGAGGCCACAAUACAGUCACCAUGGGGGUCGGCGGCUGAGGAGGCUACAAAUCCGGCCUCCAAGGAGAGUGCUGAAGCCGUUCCUGUCUCUUUGAUGGUGGCAGCAGGUGGUGAUGCGUUUCUUGUAGGCCGGAUCUGCUGCCCCCUGUGCAUACUGCCACACAAGAUGGCCGCCUCUCCUUGCCUCAUGGGUGGUUCAUCUCUGUGGGCAUGUUUCGUAAGUAGAUAUAUAGAAAUAUAUCGUUCUAUGAAUUUCCUUCACCCUUAUUGCUUCAUUAAUACAAAUGCAUAAAAGUACUUUUCAUGCAAUAUCUGGUUUCAGUGGAUGAAAUCCACCAGUUUUGUUGAAUUUAUUAAACUAAAUAGUUUCCAUUGGAUUGUGAUUAAAUGUGCAAUUAACUGCUUUUUAUAGUUUUAUUGUGUUGUUAUUUUCCUGGGGAAACCCAGCCAGAUGAGGGGGGUAUAAAUAAUAUAUUAUUAUUAUUAUUAUUAUUAUUAUUAUUAUUCCUUUGCAGGUUGUGCAAACCACUAUUCUGAAUUAUGCUUUUUAAAGGACAGGAUAGGGGGCACUGUGGAUGAAUUUCUGGAACCGGGGGGUGGGUGAUGGGGCAUGUGUGGCCUGAAAUAUUUGGGAACCAUUGAUAUAUACUAUGGCUCAAUUGCAUUCAAAACAACAGUGGGGAGGAGAAACCUGCAUAACCAAGUCAGCUGGGCAGCAGCUCCAGGAAAAUACAAAUAUACGUAUCAUAUGAUAUUUUUGCCAGGAGAGAGAUGGGGGCACACACCUGCCCAUAGUGAUAUAUUUGGAUUAAGAGUGAGUGGUGCGGAAUGACAAUACAUCCUUUAAAAAUAAAUAAAUGGGAUAGUGAUUCUGUGUCUUUAACAACUAAGGACAUGCUGCUUUUUAAGGGACCAAGUGGCAGUGAGUUGAAGAUAGUGAAAGCAGUUGAAGGUGGGAUGCAGGAAUGUCUAGAGCAGGUGUUGCCAACAUUCCAACUCCCAUCAGCUCUGACCAGCCUAGCCAAAGGCCAAGGAUGAUGGGACAUGCAGUCCGAGAACAUCUGGAAGCCAACAUAUUGGCUAGCCCUGUUCUGGACCUUGGGGUAUCAUGGUGAGGAAAGGCUUCACUUGUAUUUCCCACUCUGCCUUUUCCACAGAGUCCCAUCCCUGUCCAUCAUUCUCAAUACUAGAGCAAAUAUUUUGCAGGAAGAAAUUCUAACAUUCAAUCCAUUGCAUUCCCAGUUGAAACAUAUCUGGGAUUAGGGCUAAGGCAGACUUUUCUCUGACCUGAAAUGUUGCAGACCCACUGGCAGUCAGAGUAGAUGCUCCCGGGCUCAAUAUGCCCACUUACAGAGCUAAAGUUCCCAAUGUUUUUAGUACGAAAGGAAGCCUCUUCAAAGUGCAGUUAUGUCCAUGGUGCAUGUGUGCAUAUUGUUCCUAAGUGCCUGGUGGUGGAAGGGCUUAGGAUAUCAUUAUGUUCCAACCUCUUCACUAUGUUGCAAAGUAAGGUCUAAAAGAGGUGGAAUCAAUGUGUUUGACGAAGCUAGGUCUUUGAGCCCCCUGUCAGGAGUGCUGGUGACCACUCUCACAUACAUGCUUCGUGGAAUCAGUGCCAAACAAGUCCUUCCAACAUUAUCUAAUUUGACCUGAAUCAGCUACUAUUUGGUCAAGCUUCUGGAUUCUGGACUUGGGAAGAAUUCUUGGGCAGCAGAGGGGAAAGGUCUGCUGGAAUCCCAAUCCAUUCAGGCAAAAACGCUGCUGAGGGCUUGAAGACCUUAAGGAAGGGAGAGUCUGGGAGGGUGUAGUUGGCCAAGUAGACGGUCUCCCCACCAGCCAGGUAGCCGGCCCAGACGCCAAAAGUGCCAAUUGUCAUUAUUGUGUGGUUGCAAUGAGCAAGGAGAGCCAAAUCCCCCCCUGGAGAGGAUUCUCGCCCAUCCCCAGAAAAAUAAACAUCCCCCCUGGAGGCAUUGAUGUUUUUCUUGCACCACUCCAUCCCAUUGCUGGUCACCACAAAGAUGGGAUUGGGGUACUUCUCUCUGAAAUAGUUCAUGGCUUUCUCCAAAUAGCCUCUGUCAGCCACCACACCUUUCCAGAUCUUGGGCAUCACAUAGACAUAAUCCCCUCUACGGACAUGCACGCCAACAUAUGUCACCUCCUGGCGCUGCCCCCGUAGCUGCUGAAGAUAAUGAUUGGCUUCUUCCUUGAUGUGGUCAUGGAAGGAGAACUGCUGAAGUAUCUCUUGGCGGAUAUGGUGAUAAAAGGUGUAAGAACAUGGGUAGCCCGUCAGCCGGACGUACUUGCCUUUGAUGUGUUUAUAAUUCUCUGACAUCCAGUCAUGCAGACCAAAGUUCCUCCAGCGGAUCUUUUUAGCCACUUCAGCAUGGAGCACAGGCAAAGUGAUCCGGAAUAUUGGUGACAGGUACUGGUGCAUGGCGGGACAGAUGUAGGCUUGAUGUCCAUUCAUCUUGGCUAAGGCAUAGAGGGUGGCAUAUUCCCCCAUCUGGUUUCCCAAACGGCCAAUGGAGUUCACUGUCCAUAUACCACUAUCCAUGAUCUUAGAGGGUGAUCUGGAAGAAGUGGUGGUUGUGUUAUAGUAUGACCGAGAAGAAGUGGUGGUGAAGGAAGAAGGAGCUCCCAUCCCUGGGAAAUUAGAUGAAUUCUUGAAGUUGAUCCUCCACCUCUGAUAUGGCAUCUUGUCAUACAGGUGCAAGAUUGUAGAGAGGGACAGGAGGCCAAAGAAGUACAGGAAGAAUAAGAGGGCAGGUUGGCUGAAGGAACAUCUUUGGGGGAGAUCCAUAGCUGCACAAUAGGAACACCUAAAGGCAGAGCAAAGUAAGAUGAAAAGACAGGUAAGAUCAACAUGCAGAACACAACCACUGUUGUACAUCAGCAGUGACUUAGAUGGCACUGUGACCCUUUAUGCUAUACAUGUCCAUAACUUCAAUGGAACUUACUCCCAGGUAAAUGUGUAUCAAGUUCCAGAUUGAAUUAAUUAGCCUGAAAGCCGCUACACAAAUUCCUAGAAGAAUACUUAAAGUAAACCCACCCUUUGCACUUCGCAAAUCCUUCUCCCAUUUCCUCACAUAUGUAGUCUAACCUUGUUUUCGGAAAUUUGUGCAUUUUUACAUCAACUUUAUCUCUAAAUUAAUUGUUGCUAAUUACUUGAAAUUAGUCUUUCUGUCUAAUUUUUUUCAAUGUAUUUGCAUAACCAAAGAUAUUCUUAACUGUAAAUGCCAAAAAGGGAGGCCUCCCCCUUCUCAAUUCCUUGUUCUUAAGAUAGUAUUCUGCCACUUUUGAUGACAUUCGGGUAUAUUGCAACACGGUUCAAUUCCCAGGAGUCACAAUAUCCUAGAUGUCCUUUUACGUUAAAGUCCUCUUCUUUGGUCACUGAAGCAACGGAAGAAUUAUAAGGAGCCAGAUACCCUUUAUGAUUAUCCCAGGAUGUUACACUGCCAUUAUUCUGUUAGAAAUCAUUUCCCAUUUCUUUUUCUUUCUCCAUAAUAGUCAUUUCCACUUUUGUGAUGUUGGCAGUUCCUGGAAAUAAAUGAAGAGAUCCUCUCUGUUUCUGUAGGAACUGCUGCCUAAUCCACAAAUGUUUGUUUGCUUCAUAGUACCUUGAUAUCUGUCCAUCCAGUUCCCAGCAAAGAAUCCAGCUUUCCCAUGUUCUGUUGCUCGUGGUGGGGAGAGGUUAGUGACCUUUGCUUCUCCAUUCCAUCCACUGUUCCAUCUCUCCACCACCUAGUCUUGCUUCUUGCAUGUGUUUUGGUGCGCCCCCCACCAUGCAAACACCCACACCGUGAGAAAGAGAGAGAGAGAAAGAGCAAAGAGAUACCCCAGCAUUGCUUCUUACCUGGUCUCAGGGAAGAAUUGACCUGGAGCUCUAAGUUGCAACCAGUCUCCAGGGGUGUUCUGAGAAAUGUGGGCAGGACUCCAGAAAAAAGUGAAUCUGGUUUUAUCUGCCUCCCUGCAGCGUUGCACCCCUCCUGUGGGACUUGCCCCGCCUGAGUAAGAAUAAGGAAAAGCCACAGGUAAAAUGCUGACAUGUUAACAAGAUUUUUACAAGGAAGUUACUGCUUUUCUACAGACCUGUCAUAAAACUUGUGCAGAAACCCUUGCAGAUCAUAAUUUAGCAAUCAUAAAUGGCCAUUUUGCACACCAGAUACAUGCAUCCAACCUCAGAACUGCCCAAGGCCCUUUGGCCACUUGUUUUCUGGCUGCACUUGGAGCAAAAACAAGAAGUCCUCUUGUUCAAACAGUGUAUCUUACAAUCUGAACACAGGAGUUAUAUAAUUGCUUAGGAUUGUUUGUUAAGAUGUCUAGUAGCCCUCCACAAACACGUUAAAUAGGCCAUAGAGUGUUUAAUCAGCCAAAGGCCUGCUUAUAGAGAAACGUUUUGCCUGGUGCCUAAAGAUAUGUAAUGAAGGUGACAGGUGAGGCUCCCUGGGGAGAGCAUCCCACAACUGGGGAGCCACCACAGAAAAGGUCCAUUCUAGGAAAAUAGGAAUCUGCCACAUACUGACUCAUUCCUCUGUUGUUUGCACUGGCUGGCAGUGACUUUCAGUGGUACACAGUGGUACAGUGGCAGUGGUACACAGCUCUUCCUGGAGAUACCAGGGACUGAAAGACCUUCUGCGUGCAAAUCAGUUCUUCUUAAAGGCAGAGAAAAAAAAUGAGGAGCGUGAGUGAGUGAUUCAACAUAAUGAAAUAGAAAGGAAGAAGUGGAAACUAAGAGGGUUGGGUCCAUACACCCAGUGUCAUUACACCCAAAGCUACCCAGUCAUAUUAUCCUGAGGAACAUAGAGAUGGGGAAAAAAUACACGCUGCCGUAUUCAUAGGGGAAUCCUAACCAGCUCUUCCUGGGCACUCCCAGCGUAAGAAUAUGACCUUUCCCACCUUCCUCAGACUCAGCACAGUCAGCUUCUUCAAGGGGUGGGGUGGGGGGCAAUUACAGCACAGACCUUGCCAGUCUAUAUCCUAUCAUGCAUAGGAGUCAACUCUUAGGGGGCGAUGAGUCUUCGGGGGCCCCAAUAAAAUAUCCUAGGGGCCUCCCAAAGUUAAUGGACAUUGCCACUCAAAUGGUGAGCAUGCACCAUGUCAUGUGAUCAGUUAUGUGGUGCGGGCUUAUCUGGGUCCCCCCAAUAUUUUAUUCAAGUUGGCACCCCUGCUGUCAUGUGACCUCAGCUCUUUGCGGAGGCAUCACGUCUCUGCAAGUUAGAUAGGAAGAACUUCAUAAAACUUCAUAAAACUUAGGGAAGUGCUGGGUGAGAUCCCAUGGACAGUAAUACUAAAAGGAAAGGGAGUUCAUGAUGGCUGGGAGUAUGUUAAGAGGGAGAUAGUAAAAGCACAACUUCAGGCAAUACCAAUGAGACGGAAACAUGGAAGGUGCCUAAAGAAGCCAGGGUGGCUAUCUAAAGAACUUUUAACUGAGUUAAGAUUAAAAAAGGAUGUGUACAAAAAAUGGAAAAGGGGGGAAACCACCAAAGAGGAAUUCAAACAAAUAGCCAGCACGUGUAGACACAAAAUCAGAAAAGCUAAAGCACAGAAUGAACUCAGGCUUGCUAGAGAGGUUAAAAGCAACAAAAAGGCUUUUAUGGGUAUGUUCGUAGCAAAAGGAAGAACAAAGAAACAGUGGGGUCACUCAGAGGAGAAGAUGGUGAAAUGCAAACAGGGGACACAGAAAGGGCUGAACUCCUCAAUGCCUUCUUUGCCUCAGUCUUCUCCGAUAAAGAAAAGAAUGCCCGACCUGAAGAAUUUGGAGCAAAUGAUUCAGCAGAGGAAACACAGCCCAGAAUAACUAAGGAGAUAGUACAAGAAUACUUGGCUAGUUUAGAUGUAUUCAAGUCUCCAGGGCCAGAUGAACUGCAUCCAAGAGUAUUAAAAGAACUGGCAGAUGUGAUCUCAGAACCACUGGCAGUCAUCUUUGAGAAUUCUUGGAGAACAGGCGAAGUCCCGGCAGACUGGAGGAGGGCAAAUGUUGUCCCUAUUUUCAAAAAGGGGGAAAGAGAGGACCCAAAUAAUUACCGCCCAGUCAGUCUGACAUCAAUACCAGGGAAGAUUCUGGAGCAGAUCAUUAAGCAAACAGUCUGUGAGCACCUAGAAAGGAAUGCUGUGAUCACCAAUAGUCAGCAUGGAUUUCUGAAAAAUAAGUCAUGUCAGACUAACCUGAUCUUGUUUUUGACAGAAUUACAAGCCUGGUAGAUGAAGGGAACGCAGUGGAUGUAGCCUACCUUGAUUUCAGCAAGGCAUUUGACAAGGUGCCCCAUGAUAUUCUUCUAAAGAAGCUGGUAAAAUGCGGUCUUGACUAUGCUACCACUCAGUGGAUUUGUAACUGGCUGACUGACCGAACCCAAAGGGUGCUCAUCAAUGGUUCCUCUUCAUCCUGGAGAAGAGUGACUAGUGGGGUGCCACAGGGUUCUGUCUUGGGCCCGGUCUUAUUCAACAUCUUUAUCAAUGACUUGGAUGAUGGACUCAAGGGCAUCCUGAUCAAAUUUGCAGAUGACACCAAACUGGGAGGGGUGGCUAACACCCCAGAGGACAGGAUCACACUUCAAAAUGACCUUGACAGAUUAGAGAACUGGGCCAAAACAAACAAGAUGAACUUUAACAGGGAGAAAUGUAAAGUAUUGCACUUGGGCAAAAAAAUGAGAGGCACAAAUACAAGAUGGGUGACACCUGGCUUGAGAGCAGUACAUGUGAAAAGGAUCUAGGAGUCUUGGUUGACCACAAACUUGACAUGAGCCAACAGUGUGACGCGGCAGCUAAAAAGCCAAUGCAAUUCUGGGCUGCAUCAAUAGGAGUAUAGCAUCUAGAUCAAGGGAAGUAAUAGUGCCACUGUAUUCUGCUCUGGUCAGACCUCACCUGGAGUACUGUGUCCAGUUCUGGGCACCACAGUUCAAGAAGGACACUGACAAACUGGAACGUGUCCAGAGGAGGGCAACCAAAAUGGUCAAAGGCCUGGAAACGAUGCCUUAUGAGGAACGGCUAAGGGAGCUGGGCAUGUUUAGCCAGGAGAAGAGGAGGUUAAGGGGUGAUAUGAUAGCCAUGUUCAAAUAUAUAAAAGGAUGUCACAUAGAGGAGGGAGAAAGGUUGUUUUCUGCUGCUCCAGAGAAGCGGACACAGAGCAAUGGAUCCAAACUACAAGAAAGAAGAUUCCACCUAAGCAUUAGGAAGAACUUCCUGACAGUAAGAGCUGUUCGACAGUGGAAUUUGCUGGCAAGGAGUGUGGUGGAGUCUCCUUCUUUGGAGGUCUUUAAGCAGAGGCUUUACAACCAUAUGUCAGGAGUGCUCUGAUGGUGUUCCUGCUUGGCAGGGGGUUGGACUCGAUGGCCCUUGUGGUCUCUUCCAAUUCUAUGAUUCUAUGAUUCUAGAUAGCCCUUUUUUAAACAAACGUAAUGGGAUCCAUUAUAUUCUAAAUAUUAUUUUUGGUUGUGUGGGCCUUAAUUUAAGAUCCAGAGACACCCUCGUUAUAGCAGUUAAAACAGUUUCCCGCUGUGUGGUCAAAACGGAGAUCUCUAAUUCUUUACAGUGGUACCUCUGGUUACAAACUUAAUUCGUUCCGGAGGUCCAUUCUUAAGCUGAAACCGUUCUUAUCCUGAGGUGCACUUUCACUAAUGGGGCCUCCCGCUGCACGCGCACCUCUGGCAUGCGAUUUCCGUUUGCAUCCAGGGCCAAAGUUCACAACCAGGAGCACUACUUCCGGGUUAGCAGAGCUCAUAACCUGAAGCAUUCGUAACCAGAAGCAUUCGUAACCAGAGGUACCGCUGUAUUCUUUUUUUUAAAAAAAAAAGAUAUUUAUUAAAAUUUUCAAAAUAUUACAAAAUGAAAAAAGAAAAAAUACAAAAUACAAAAUAAAAGUAGUUAAAAACAACUCAAUCUUUCCAUUACUUAUCUUUCAUUGGCUUGUUUCCCGGACCUCCUCGCGCCUCCCUUUUUUGUAUUCCAAUUCAGUUUGUUAGUUCAGCAAAUCCUUCCCCUCUUUGUUUAUCCUAAUCUUUAAUCUUAAAAUAUUGUGACAUUGAAUUUUAACCUAUUAAUAAUCCAUUUUCAUAUUCCCUUAUAAUAUUACAGCUAAAAACCACUUGAUUUCUAUCCAACAUCAUUCUAACAUUCAUUAAUUUUGCAAUAUUUCUGUAGAUAGUCUUUAAACUUUUUCCAAUCUUCUUCCACCGACUCUUCUCCCUGGUCUCAGAUUCUGCCAGUCAUUUCCGCCAAUUCCAUAUAGUCCAUCACCUUCAUCUGCCAUUCUUCCAGGGUGGGUAGAUCUUGUGUCUUCCAGUACUUUGCAAUAAGUAUUCUUGCUGCUGUUGUGGCAUACAUAAAGAAAGUUCUAUCCUUCUUUGACACCAAUUGGCCGACUAUGCCCAGGAGAAAGGCCUCUGGUUUCUUCAGGAAGGUAUAUUUAAAUACCUUUUUCAAUUCAUUAUAGAUCAUCUCCCAGAAAGCCUUAAUCCUUGGGCACGUCCACCAAAGGUGAAAGAAUGUACCUUCAGUUUCUUUACAUUUCCAACAUUUAUUAUCGGGCAAAUGAUAGAUUUUUGCAAGCUUGACUGGUGUCAUGUACCACCUGUAUAUCAUUUUCAUAAUAUUCUCUCUUAAGGCAUUACAUGCCGUAAACUUCAUACCUGUGGUCCAUAACUGUUCCCAGUCAGCCAUCAUUAUGUUAUGUCCAACGUCUUGUGCCCAUUUAAUCAUAGCAGAUUUCACCGUUUCAUCCUGAGUAUUCCAUUUCAACAGCAAGUUAUACAUCUUUGAUAAAGUCUUAGUUUUAGGUUCUAACAGUUCUGUUUCUAAUUUUGAUUUUUCCACCUGGAAGCCAAUUUUCUUGUCCGAAUUAUAUGCCUCCAUUAUCUGAUAAUAAUGAAGCCAUGCUGUAUUCCAAUCCUCCCUCAGUACCUGUAUAUCCUGUAUAUUGGUUUGCUAAUAGCAAAGAUUUAUAUAAAAGGGCUGCCAGCUUGCCACUUGAAGUGACACAUGUGUGCAGGUCUUGCUUCACUCUUGCCCCUUCUAUCAGUGCUAACUAAUCUGCAGUUUACCACAGUGCACAUUUCCUUUCCAUACUGCAAAGCAAGACAGCUACCAAAGUAAACGAUAACGCAAUCGCAUUGACCAAGUGACUCACGUUCUAACUUGGAAGGAAAGAAUGGAAAGGAGGUUAUGAAUGCACAAAUGUGGGGUUAUCACCUGUGCUUUCCAAACAUAUGUAAGCCACUCUAAAUUACCUGGAACUAUGCCUGUCUAAAUAAGGAGCUGAGGUUCCAGGCUUACAAAGUUGUCUUCGGAAAGGAAAAGUCUCAGAAAGCAAAGGUGGCCUUCACAGGAAUGUCUGAUGGUUCAAAGGCACGUUUUCUGUUCACUUCCUCCCCACAUGGGUAUAAUUAUUAGCACACAAGCACCCCACAUCUGCAAGGAUAGGAACCAGAGGGGGUACAGUUGCGUAUAUCUCCUAUACCAAUCUAGAGUUCGCCAGAUGUUUUGGACUACAAUGCAUUAGCCAGGGCUGAAGGGAGUUUCAGUCCAAAACAUCUGGAUGACUCCAGGGUGAUGUUGACUGUCCCAUACCUUUAUGGAAGUCAGAAACUCAUUAAACUAUUUGCUUUUAAAAUGACUGCUCGGGAACAGUGCGGUUGUUACAUCCAGUAGCAGCAAUAAGCUUGCAGGAACAAGCUGUCUGGAGGAGGGUUUUGUUUAUUAAAGGUGUGUGAUCUAUUUCAAGGUUUUUGAGAACCACUGGAUAGCAUCCAAGCUUUCCUCCAAAAUUUGUCUGAAGAUAAACAGCGUUUCCGUGCACUGCUCUGGUUCGCCAGAAACAGCUUAGUCAUGCUGGCCACAUGACCCGGAAGCUGUACGCCAGCUCCCUCAGCCAAUAAAGCAAGAUGAGCGCUGCAACCCCAGAGGCAUCCGCGACUGGACCUGAUGGUCAGGGGUCCCUUUACCCUUACCUAUAUUAUUCACAGUUUUAGAGAAGUGUGCUUAAGCAGGCUACUUUUAUUCAGAAGGAAAAGCUGCCGAAUGAUGCUCCCAAUCUGGAACGCACUCCCCAUUUGGAUCAGGGCACUGCUCCUGCAUGGUCACACUGCUCUUUACCCUUGACAACGAAAUCCUUUUUGUACCUAAAGGAUACAAAAAGCAAUAUGAGCCAUAGACCUUUUGGCAGAAAAUUGGUGCAAGAUCCAGAUCAGAAGCAUGUUCUAGAUUGUGGCCCCAUGGCUGUUUUUUCUUUAGAAUAAAAAUGCCUAGUUUAUGCAUUUUCUUUUUAAGCACGGAUAAUGUAAGGCGGGGUCUGUCCCUCAGUCUCCUAAAGCAGAUAUCAUCGGGCAGCUCUCUUUGGUAGCUCUCUUUCAACCAAGUUAGGGCUGCGCCCGUGCACUCUGUCUUUCCAAAUUCAAAGUGCCCACGUGCCUUCUCACUGCCUUUCCAUUUCAUCACCAGUUUCUGCUGAGCAUCUCACUCCAAAGGCUAUGAAUCAGGGAUGGGGAGCCUCAGGCCAGCAGGGCAAACGUGGCCCUCCAAGCCUUUCAGUCCUGCCUUCAAAACUCUCCCAAUGCCACACCCCCUCCUACUUUGCCAUACGUGCUUCGCACCCUCCCCAAAUGUUUUGGCCUGGCUGGAAUGUGUCCUUGAACUCUUCUGGUGCAUUUUGCUUGCCUGGGUGGAGACAGAGAAGUAUGUGUGAAGACACCAGCCACCUAAAUACAAGCGAAAUUGGCGUUGGUUGCUCCACCACCAGCAGCAUGUGGCCCCAGAAAGUUGCCCAGAAGGAAAUGUGGCCCUCAAACUGAAAAAAAAGACUCCCAACCCCUGCAACAGAGAGACAUUGAGGAUCACUGUCUCUUUUGUUCAGCCCCUGACCACCAACACCCACCAGUCAAGCAAAAUCCUAGUGCAAUAGGCCCAUCUACACUCAUCCAGAAGAAAGCCAAGUCUCGCCACACUUUCUCAACGUGUUGAUUGUUCCUCUGAGAUCUCAGUCCUCACCAGCAGCCUGCCCCCCACCCAGCAAGAUUACAUACCCAUACUGCCUUUUGCCUUUCCAUCUCAAACCCCCAGGCUAAGUUUAUCUUCCUCCUAACAGCUGGGAGGGCUCUUGUUACACUGACAUUCCAGCCUGGGAACAAUGGAGGGGUGGGGAAUGGGGUCUGCACUUGGCUGUUUCUAUUCUCUGCUUGGAUGAUGCUGCCAGCUCCUCUCAUUCUUUUAAGGGCCUCCAAAUAGAAAGCUCUCUUGGUACACAGCAGGGCAUUGUCACACAAGGACACUGCAAUGGGCAAGCUUGUUUUGCCGGUAUCCAUAACUAAAGGCCCCACCAGCAGGGGCAGGGACCAUAUAUGGAAGGUUAGGGAGAGGGCAGCGUUUGUCUUCUCCCACCCCACUCGCUCUCCCACCCACACCGAUGUCAGAUCAUAUGAGAUUGUUCUUCAGACAUUCCUGUAGCACCAGCCAGCUCCCUGUUGUGCUCUCCCGCUAUUAACCAGAUACAGUCCGGAUUUUGUGGUUCCUUCUGCUAGUGACGUGGGUGGCGCUGUGGGUUAAACCACACAGCCUAGGACUUGCCGAUCAGAAGGUCGGCGGUUCGAAUCCCCCGAUGGGGUGAGCUCCUGUUGCUCGGUCCCUGCUCCUGCCCACCUAGCAGUUCAAAAGCACGUCAAAGUGCAAGUAGAUAAAUAGGUACCACUCUGGCGGGAAGGUAAUCGGCAUUUCUGUGCGCUGCUCUGGUUCGCCAGAAGCGGCUUAGUCAUGCUGGCCACAUGACUCGGAAGCUGUACGCCGGCUCCCUCGGCCAAUAAAGUGAGAUGAGCACCGCAACCCCAGAGUCGGUCACGACUGGACCUAAUGGUCAGGGGUCCCUUUACCCCUUUACCUUUACCUCUGCUAGUGAAUCUGUGUGCAGCCAGAUGCGAAAGAGGGCAGGACUCUUGCACCUUUAACAGUUGUUGUGUUGUUGUUGUUGCUAGAAUUUAUAUAAUGCCCUAUACCCCGGGGUCUUAGGGCAGUUCACAGAAUAAAAUCAAGAUAUAAAACCACAAAAUACCUAAUAAAAAUAAGACAGCAACCCAAUACCAGGGCUCUUUUCCCCAGCUGGAACUCACCAGAACUCAGUUCCAUAACCUCUCAGGUGGGUCAUUAGAAGAGAACAAGGGAGGUGUUCAUUGUGAGUUCCAGCACCUCUUUUUCCAGAAAAAUAUCACAGUGUAGAACAAGGAAAAUCUGCAGGUGUGGCUUGCCUGAAAAGCUACCUUUGCUAAUAUUCUCUUUUCCACGUAACUAUUAAAGGUGUACGAGCCCUGUCCCGUUUUGGAACUGGGCCAAUGGGCCCCAGUGAUCUCUGUCCCCUCAUACUUGCCUUCCUCUUUAUUCGCAAUGAGAGCUCUUCGGCGCCCACCUUACAAGUCCCAAUGGUUACCACCUACCACUUACUUGGAUCCCCUAUGACUUCCAAUAUGUUGUUUCUAAUUUGCUUUGGGGUAAGGCCUUAAAAAUAGAUUGGAUGCUUCCCUUUCGCUGCAUUAGUAAACUGACUAUAAACAAGAAAAAAACUUCAGAGUCAGUUAACUUACUUAGCACAAGCUACUUCAGAAGCUGAAAGCAAGACAAACUACUGCAGAGAAAAUGAGUACUUUCAACAACUCAGGUUGCCAAGUUUACCAACUGGCAACAAUAGAUGUGCCUUUAAUAAAUAUUCAAUCUUUAUAUGAAAAUGUUCAGCUACAUUCCGGGAAUGUGCUCAAGCCGCAGCUAUAAAGCACACAGGCUGAUUUAACAGCUGGCAACCCUGUUCAUGAACUCUCUGGACUUUGUAACAGCGGAAGUGUUGGUUGGCUUACAGAGGUAUGGAAAGUACACAAGACUGAGUCUCUUUUCAUCUGCAAAGUGUUGGAGGGAUUAUCUGAAUGACAGUCAGACAGAAACAAGUAAAUGGGCUUAUUUAUCUAGAAUGAAUUCCAAAAGAUCCAUGUAAAAACCUCUUGUGCGUUUGUUUUGUUAUUAAAUUAUUUUACUUUAAUGUUGCCAAGUAUCCAGAAGACUACCCACUUUAGGGCUCAUCCGCACUUAACCUUUGCUCCCCAUUUCUAAACUCAGGUCUGGGCUUUCUGGUCUGUGUGUUUUUCUUUUUGUCCCAGUACUUUCCCCAGGAAAACCCAUGUUUUACCACCGAAUUGGAGCAAAUGGCAAUCAGAUUUUCCAUGGAUUAUCAUUCCCUCCAAUUCAGUGGUAAAACAUGAGUUUUCCCGAGGAUAGUGCCAGGACAAAAAAAUCUGCUUGAGCACCGAAGGACACAGGGGAAGCUUUUCAAAGCAUAGCAAUAAACAGAAUCCCCAGUUAAAAUUUGCAUAUCACACUGCUGCUAAAGUCACAGCUGCACAAACUGGCUAAAAAAGUUGGCCACUUUAAAUACUCAUGGCUUUCCCCCAAGAGUUAUGGGAGCUGUAGUUUGUUUAGGGGACGCGGGUGGCGCUGUGGAUUAAACCACAGAGCCUAGGGCUUGCCUAUCAGAAGGUCGGCGGUUCGAAUCCCCACGAUGGGGUGAGCUCCCGUCGCUCAGUCCCUGCUCCUGCCAACCUAGCAAUUUGAAAGCACAUCAAAGUGCAAGAAGAGAAAUAGGUACCACUCCAGCAGGAAGGUAAACGACGUUUCCGUGCGCUGCUCUGGUUCACCAGAAGCGGCUUAGUUAUGCUGGCCACAUGACCCGGAAGCUGUACGCCGGCUCCCUUGGCCAGUAAAGCGAGAUGAGUGCCGCAACCCCAGAGUCGGUCACGACUGGACCUAAUGGUCAGGGGUCCCUUUACCUUUACCUUAGUUGUUUAGGGUGCUGGAAGUUGUUAGGAGAAACCCUAUUUCCCUCCCAGGGCUACAAUUCCCAGAAUUCCCUGGGAAGAGGUAGCGACUGUCAAACCACUCUGGGCAGGUUACAGCAUAACAGCCAGCAAAAGUAUAUGGUGAGUGUCUUGUCUUUUUAAGGUUGCAUUUAAAUGAAAUAUUGUUUUGCUUCAUUUUGUUUUGUUUUAAUGUUCUCCCUCGCUCGGUGAUGGUGUGAACAAUGAAGAGAGGUCAAUAAAUAAUUUGAAAUAAAUAACAAUAAUAAAAUUGCAGGAAGCUAAGAGCGAAACAUUAAAAUAGCAAGUAAACAUUAAAACAGUCUUAGUAACAUCACAGAUAGGAACUCCAUUGAUUUGCAGUUGGCCUCCUGGGAUCCAUCCACUGAAAAGGCCCAAACAGAGAGCUAUGUCAACUGCUGGCACUGAAAAGUGCAUAAUGUCAGCGGUAGUACCGUGAGGGAGGAGUGAGAAAUCCAAUCCAAUUUGCAUCUAAAGGCAAACAUUCAUCAUUCAUAUCGUUUCCAAAACAAUACAUCAACCAAAGCACAGCCAUCCUCCCAAAUUUGUGCUUCUCUGAAUUUUGCAAUGUAGUUCUCCAGCGAAGUAAUGUGUGCAAAAAUGGAUGCUCUAGGAUGAAAUGUGCAUAAAAAUGUAUGCAUUAGUGAAAAUAAUAUACAGAAAUGCAUUGCUUUAGAGAAAAUGAUCCCCCCAAAAAUGUCCCCUUUUCAGGGCUUAUGCUGGCUUAAGCACAACUGGGAUGGGUUCAGCCAGCAGGCUGGGAGAGAUACUCUAGCAUAUUUCUGGCUGAACUGAGGACGGGGAAUUAUGCUGGGGUAGCCCAGCUGUGCCCAGAACCUCCCAGCUCAGCAGGAGAUCCUCUGGAUCUCAGCCCUGUGAGGUGGGCUAGGCUGAGAGGUAACAACUGGCCCAAGGUCAUUUGGUGAGCUUCAUGGCCAAGUGAGGAUUUGAGCUCGGAAAUUCCCAGGUCCUGAUCCAACACUCUAAACCACUACACCAUGGGUAGGCAAACUAAGGCCCAGGGAGCAGAUCUGGCCCAAUCACCUUCUAAAUCCAGCCUAUGGACAGUCUGGGAAUCAGCACGUUUUUACAUGAGUAGAAUGUGUCUUUUUAUUUAAAAUGCAUCUCUGGGUUAUUUGUGGGGCACAGGAAUUCGUUCUUUUUUUUCUUUUCCAAAAUAUAGUCAGCCCCCCCCCACAAGGUCUGAGGGACAGUGAACCAGCCCCCUGCUGAAAAAGUUUGCUGACCCCUGCACGACACCAAACUGGCUCUCAUUUGGUUAGUUCUCUACCUGAAAACUGAAAAACAGUGUACCCAAAAAAAGUUGCCCUGAGGAACAUUGCUUUUCAAAAAUUGUGCGUAAUAGGCAAAAUUGUAUGCAGAAUGUCAGGAGAAGCACACACGCAAAUGCAUACACAUUUCUGUGCGGUUGUUUAAAAUAGAAUUUGUGGAAUGUUGUGGAAACAGAGCCUGUUGAACUUAAUAUCUGAAAGAUGAGAAAUGGAAAGAAAGCAGAAUUGACCAUCCAUCGCCAGCUUGACUUGCCCUUUUUAUGUUUUCAUGUAGGGGUGAGGGACAUGAUCUGCCUCCAACUUCUUCAUGGUCCUUAGAACAAAGGGACCUUCCAAGGACAUGCGGGUGCUCCUUACAGGUGUCCUGCAGAAAGCGUGACGUUCAGCAGCAGGGUGACGUUCUGCUUUGGUGACAUCCUCUGUUUCUCACACACGUUACUUUUGCCCCCACAUGAACGUCUGAAAAGGGUUUCCAGCUUGCAACAAAAGAAAAUGUUGCUCACACAAGAUUCCUCUGCUCAUUUGUGACCGUGAACGUUCUGCCCCAGGAAUGCAGAGAUGAACUCACACUCAACGCCGGUGUCAUUUUCCUCUCAGCAAACUGCAUCCUCCAAAUGUGAGAGGUGGGGUGGUGGUGUCUGGUUACCUCAUUAUAAGGCCUCACACACACAUACACUUCGGCUCCUGCAGUAGCCAGUGCCUGUGGAGGGGAAGAGAGAUCUCUGGACUGCCCAUCUCCAGGUGAGGUCAGUGUGUGUGUGUGUGUGUGUGUGUGUGUGUGUGUGUGUAUAGCAGCCAUGUUUGCUAGGUUUGAUGCUUGAUCUGUAUAACUGGGGUGCAGGAAGGGCUGCUGAGAUGGUCUGUGUUCUUAUCCGACUCCUUUGUGAGAAACUAACAAAUGUGAUUGUUGGUGAGGUUUUUCAGUAGCAAGUCUGUGCUUGGAAGACUCAUGCACACAUGUAGAGGAACAUAAGAGGCUGACCAGAUGGCACAUAUCAACCAUCUAGUCUACUCUGACUGGUAUUGGUGCUCCAGGUUCUCUGGUAGAAAAAGCCCUGCUAGCCAAGAUUCCUUCCAGAUACAGAAUGCCAGGGACUGAACCCAGAACCUUUCCCAUGCAAAACAUGUGGUCUUCCACUGAGGAAAUGGCCUCAAGCCCCCGCUCCUUACAAUUCAUAUCUUAAUCUGUUUCUUUCCAAACUAUGUCCCUCUUUUUCCCGAUAAUCUAACUCUUUCCCUCAAAGCUCAUUGGGAAUCAUUUCCCAGUCCUUUGCCCGUGGGACCUGCUAUCAACAGGACAGUCCAACCAAUCAUAAAAGAUUAGAACACUGCUGAACAUGUGCAGAGUGCCUUUUUUCACAGUGCUCCAUAACCACAAAGUCCACGUGCCACUAGGAGUAGGAGGCAGGGCUUCCGGUUCACAGAAAGUGGUUUCUGGGCAAAGCAUGAGCCCCACACAAACCUCUUCUGUGUAAUUAAAUGCAGCCUAAGCAGUUACUGAGUUCGUAAGCUCAGCCUCAAAUACUUUCAGCCACAAACAAUUGAACCUUCUUCCUCAAGCCAACAAGCAACCAGCCCAUUUCAUAGAAGGAUAGCAGAGCGCAUGGAACUGCAUCAGUGGGAAAAGGCAACAUGUUUGCUAAUAUUCUGCUAUUAUUCAGUGGGAGAGAUUUAAGCAGAACUUUCGAUUUGUGCAAUUAAAAAAAGAGUAUGAUUUUUGUGGUUAGAAAAGUGAUGGGAAAUGCACGGAAAAGUAUAGGUUGUCGGAAUGAGUAAUGGUUUGGGAUGGGGGAGAUAUUGGAUUAUAUGUGGAUUAAAGGUGAAGCUACCUGAUUUUCAUUUUCAAAAACAAUACGUGAAUCAAAACGCAGCCACAUCAUGAAAUUCGCCCUCCUCCAAAUUUUGCAAUGCAGUUCUCCAGCCAAGUAACAUAUACGAAAAUGCAAAUACCAGAGUAAAGUGUGCAUUAAAAUGCUUAUAAGUGAAAUUAACAAAGAAAGACACAUUCUGUUAGGGGAAAUCGCUUGCGGAAAAUGUAUAUAAUUAGGCAAAAUUGCAUACAAAUGUGAAUAUUAAGAGAAAUUCACACUAAAAUUCUGGUGAAUUUAUCAUCACACAAAAAUCACAAAAUGCUGUGGUAAUGUGGAUAACAGAAAUUAAGAGUAGAAAAAUGAGAAACUAGGAGAAGUUGAAAUGUAAACACACUACAAGCAGAUCAGGAUGAACGGAGAGUGAGUGCUCAUUGUAGUAUCAUCUCCCUGCAAAUAAAUCAAACCAAAUACUUAAUAAAGACCAGGUAUAAUCAGCAUUAAGCUUCAUGCAAACAAAUCAGGAUGAGUGCUCAGUAAAUAUGUCAUCUGGGGGAGCCCUGGGCAAACAUUUCUCCCAUUCCUGAUUUCAUCACUUACAAGUCUUGAAUUCUGAAAUCCCUCUUUUAGUUUGACACCUUGUUCAGUCGGGGAACGAGUGGAGUUCCCAAUUUGAGCUCCUUGCAGCUUACAGCAGGGUUAGCCAACAUGGUGCCCCCAGGUGUUGUUGACCUACAGCUCCCAGCAUGCCUGACCCUGACUCUGGCCAUGUUGGCUGGAGUGAGGGAAACUGGAGUCUAACAAUAUCUGGACGGCCAUGUUGGAUACCCCUUGGCUCAUAGUAUCCAAAAGGAAAGUAGAGUUUGCUGGCUAGAACCCUGAACAGGAGCACUGUGAUAAGGAGGUGAAGAUACACCGCAACAUUUUGCUGCAGAUCGCCUUUCCCCCUCUUUACUGUUCCAAUUUAUGCAUGUAAUAAUAAUAAUAAUAUUAUAUUAUUUAUACCCCGCCCAUCUGGCUGGGUUUCCCCAGCCAUUCUGGGCGGCUUCCAACAGAAUAUUAAAAUACAGUAACCUAUUAAACAUUAAAAGCUUCUCUAAGCAGGGCUGCCUGUUAUCUAUGGGGUUGAGCUGGAUGUCCUCUAGAUACAUUCUAACCGCUGCAUUUUGGCAGCUCCAGUCCAGUCAGAGGCUUAGGGUCUGGUUCAGUUAUCUUGUGUCUUUUGCACACAGGGAAGCUUGCCAGAGGUGUAGUUUGAUAUGUUUGCCUUUAGAGAUGUAAGCAAACAAAUUAUAAAACAAUUCAUAUACUUUUGCGCAGCAAGCAUAUGGUAAGUUAGAUUUGCUUCCCGGAUGCGGAAAGAAAGAUAUCAUUCAAAACUAUAUCAGGGCUUUUAAAAAGGUGGCAUGACUGUAAAGCGUUUUUUUUCCGGUUUGUUUGUUCUUGAAGCUUUCCAUUAGGUAGAUGAACUUGCUUGGCACAGCAGUGAAUCCUGUGAGGGAAGGUGAGGGAAGGUGGUGGCUUUGGGUUGGCAGGAUACAGGGAUGCCAGCCCAAGCUGGUCAAGGUUAUUUAAAGAUAUAGUAGGAAGGGACUCAAAUGGGACACUGAGAAACAAUGGAAGGAGACUUCCAAAAUAUCUGUGACCUUUCACAACAGCUGCUCAGGACAAACGCUCCCACUGCCAUCACCUCAACUGUGUCAAACAAAGCCCCAGCGGGCACAGGAAGGGCAGGGAAAUUGUGCCCCAGAAUGCCCCUCUGCGCAAGCCCAAACCCUGUAGGUUUAUCACGGGACUGGCCCAGGACAUUUUGCCACCUCAGGGAGAGCAGAAAACAAGACCCAACAGGUCAAGGCAGUGGUAGCUGGUGCCCAUUGGGACUAGUGGGGCAAAAAGGUAAGGAGGCCAACAGCAGGUGGCGUCAGAGCCAAUGAGAGGCAGAGCUGCCAGGUGAGGACUAGCUGAGGGCAGAGUGAAGUUGGUGGGGCAGUGUCCCAAUAGCCAUCAUGAAUCAGUAGCCACUGAGUCAAGUGCUUGGUAUCCAGUGCUGGCCAAGAUGUUUUGGCACACUGGCCACUGUAAGAAGAGGAUGUUGGAUUAGUUGGGCCACUGGCCUGAUACAAUGAGACUCUUCUUAAGUUGCUGUGCCAAACAGGGCUCCUUGUAGAUGGGGCAGAAUAAAAUGCCAUGCUAUAAACCAACCAACCAACCAACCCACUAGAAAAGCAACUUGUUUGCAUUCCAAAUUGAUCACCAACCGAUCUUAAGUAAUCCUCUCAGCACCAUCUCCUGUUGACACUCAUAUUGGGGCCUGCCCUGCCAUGUAGCUGUCUCGGGGGGGGGGGGGGGAAUAUGUGAGGUACUUUUGAAGGGCCACUAAUUUCUAAAUACUUGUGCUUUUGUAUUUUUAAAUGUUGUAUUUUUGUUUUGUUGGUCAUAUAAAAUUAAUUCAACACACACACACGAUUCAAAGCACCAUGUGGAUUUUUCUCCCUCAGGUGCCAAAAUGUCUUGGGUUCAGGUUGUCUGUCACCCACCUGCCCCCGUCAGAAGUAGUAAAUAGCUUUUCCAACCUUACACGUGUUUGCUCUCACAACAAUCCUGUGAAAUAUGUCACUGUUGACAUACAUUUUACAAGUAAGGGAACUUGAGGUUGAGAGGUGGUGACUUGAGCCAAUUUGCACAAAGGAGCUCGUGGUGUGGCCUGUAAACAUGAAGUAGUUUAAUUGCCAUGCCUUCUGUGAAAAGAAACCCGAGAACUGACACUUUGGGAAGGCAUGGGGCAUACAUACCUGGUUUAAGAGUGAUCCAAGGCUAUAUUGCCUUCCCCAACAUCCCCAACUUCCAGCAGCUGCAGCCAGCAUGGCCAGGGAUGAUGGGAGUUGUAGUCCAACAAGAACACUGCACAGAAUCACAGAUGAGGGUGUUUCAAAGUUCAUCGGGUCUCACCGUCUGCCGGUUUUACAGCAUCAAAUACUGGAAUGUUACAGGGAGGUUGUAAUGCUCUGCUGGGUAAUUGGCACAUUCAUUUUGUGUUGCAAAAACCAGGGAGACAGGCAAGGCACUACUGAUCUUAAACAUACAGCAGGGGAAUUAGCAUCCACUACACAAACCCAACAAGAAGAGGAUCCUCUUUUUACAAGGUGUUUCCUGUUUCACUUGCUGGUUUCCCAUGACAGUCGUAGGGGAAUCCAAAGUCUAGAAGCCUCAUUACCAGUCAACCGAAGGAUGGCAGUCUUCACCAACCAUUAUACGUUUGGAACUAGGCCAAGGAUGGGGAGCUGCUGGCCUUCCAGAUAUUGUUGUCCUCCAGUGCCCAUCAGCCUCUGCUAGCAUGGCCAGUGGCCUGGGAUAAGGGGAAGAGCAGUUCAGCAGCAUCUGUAGGACCACAAAAUCCCCCCACCCCUGAACUACGUAGUUGCUUGAGCUUCAGACACCUCACGCCAGCCUGGUUUUGAAUAUGUCAGUAAUAUCAAAGGCAACACGAUGACCAAGUACAACAAUGUGAUAUCAAUAUACACUCUUUAUAUAAUCUAUACGGAACAUUGAACAAUAUGAAAUAUGCACUCUCUGCAAAUCAUAUGCAUAUUUCAUAUUGUUCAAUGUUCCGUAUAGAUUAUAUAAAGAGUGUAUAUUGAUAUCGCAUUGUUGUACUUGGUCAUCAUGUUGCCUUUGAUAUUACUGAUAAUUGUUUGCAACAUGGGUUUAAUUGUUUGGUUUUGAAUAUGUGGCGCAAAAGUCCCUUAUCGCACCAACGGGUUUACUUUGGAGUGAAGCCAUUGGGGUUAAACAAUUACGUACCUUUAGGCAUGGAUGUGUGCGGUGAUAUCUUUGCAUCAGAUCACUUCCUGCUGGUACAAUGUUUCAGCAUUGGCUAGAAAACGAGAUUAUAGCACUGUACUCACAUCAAUGCUUGUGGUGGCUUUGCAGCUGGAAAGGCGGUAACUAAUCUUUGGGAAAGAGGGAGGAGGAUAUCACAUCAGGGCCUCACGCCUCCUUCCCAAAACCCAGCACCUUGCUCUAAGACGGUGCCCCCUCAGCUCAGAACCCACUUGCACAGCCCUAAAUCUACCCCCACCAGGAUCCCUGAUGGGAGCCACUGCUUCCUAUAAGGGGAAUACCUUCUGUUCCCUUCCACACUGAGCCGUGCAAUGGCAAUGGUUAUAAAUAGAUAGUGAUGGAAGGCUUGGAACUAUUCUCGCCCCUAACCUUGCCCCCACAUACCCCGCCUGCUCCAGCCUUUGAUCACAAUCCUUCUUUGUCUGUCCACUGCCCCUGCCUGCAGUUCGUACCAUAAAAGGGAAAGGGAUUCCAGAUGGAAUUAGGAUGGGCUCUCAGGAGAACUGCCGGGGAAGGGGCUGGGAUGAAUGGUGAUGACCUUUGCUCUGUGCCAUCAUCUCCUAUUUAAUUUUUGCCCUGAUUGGGUACCCCUGAAGACAAGCCAGUGUGUUGAGAAGGGGGACGGAACCUCCAGCUGACCCAGUCAAAGAUAGCCAUAUUUAGCUCUUUAUUCACAAGUCCCCCUGCUGUUAUUGCUGAAGCGUUUCUGAAAUUUACCAUAACUCCACAAUGCAUCCCCCGCCCUGGCCAAACCUUGAGAGUCUUUCUUCUCUUCCAGGUGAAACUCAAUAACCGCCACCAUGUCUGAUGAGGAAGCUGAGUACGAGGAGUAAGUAAUAUCCAGACUGUGGUUGUUGUUGUUGUUUAGUCGUUUAGUCGUGUCCGACUCUUCGUGACCCCAUGGACCAGAGCACGCCAGGCACUCCUGUCUUCCACUGCCUCCCGCAGUUUGGUCAAACUCAUGCUGGUAGCUUCGAGAACACUGUCCAACCAUCUCAUCCUCUGUCGUCCCCUUCUCCUUGCGCCCUCCAUCUUUCCCAACAUCAGGGUCUUUUCCAGGGAGUCUUCUCUUCUCAUGAGGUGGCCAAAGUACUGUGGUUACCCAUGUGUAAUUAAGAAUGCACACAAGUUGGGGUUAGGGGUGGGUAAGAAUUUCAUUUGGACUUCCUUGUUAAUUCAUCGAUGGUUUGGAAACUUCAGCUAGUGCAGAAUUCAGCAGCCAAGUUGCUCACCGGAGGAAGACUGGUCUGACUGCACUGGCUACCAAUUAGUUUCCAGACCCAAUUCAAAGAGUUGAUUUUGAUUUAUAAAGCCUUUAAUGGCCCAGGACCGCAAUACCUCAAGGACCGCCUCUUUUCAUAUGAACCUACCCGGACCCUGAGAUCAUCUUCUGAGGCCCUCUUUCAUGUGCCCAAGAGGUCUGGAGGGUGGCAACACGAGAAGGGGCCUUCUCUGCAGUGGCUCCCUGUUUGUGGAAUGCUCUCCCCAGGGAAGUUCACCUGGCGCCUUUCAUUAUACACCUUUAGGCACCAGGCAAAAACGUUCCUUUUUAACCAGGCCUUUGGCUGAUUUGAUUGACAUCUUAUGCCCUUUUAAAAUGUGGGGUUUUUUGGGGGGGGGGUUACUGGUUUGCUGUUGUUUUUGUUUUGAUUAUAUAUUUUGUGGUUUUAUAUUUUGAUUUUGUUCUGUGAACCACCCUGAGACCUCCAGGUAUAGGGCAGUAUAUAAAUUCAAUACAUAAUAAUAAUAAUAAUAAUAAUAAUAAUAAUAAUAAUAAUUGUUAAGAGAAACAAGAUGAUUUGUACAUCCUGGACUAAUACACAGAUUGGAACAGAAUUAUCCUUCAGAUUUUUCAGUUCUCCAAGUUCUGUGAUAUAGUUCUUGGCUCAAAUAAAGUACCAAAAUGUGUAUUUUAGACUUUACCCCCCCCCCAAGUGUAUUUUAGGAUUAAAAUCAGAUCAGAGAUCACACUAAGCCACACCAUGUCUUAGUUUGAACAACCAAACCUGUGAGUUCCUGGAGCAAUUAUCACAGCUGCUUUGCUCCUCCUGCAGUCCUGCUAUUGCUGUACUUCCCAGGGCUAUGCCAUGUCUGAAUCCAGGCUGAAUGACAGGCAAAGAAACCAAUUCUAGUUUUGCCCCAUCUCCCUCCCUGCUGAGUUCUUCAAGGCAGCACUGAAACAGAGGAGGAGGAGGAGGAGGACGAGGUUGACAGCAGUGCCACUCCCUGGACUGAUUGUAGGUAGGAAAGCAAGCAAGCAGAAGCUGGGUGAGGUCAGGCCGGGGUUGGUGGGUCCGUGCCCCAUUUGCCCUAAAGAUCUAUUAAGAAAUUCUUCAUGAGUAAGAGAAGAAGCUUCACAUGCAAUUACAAGGUGAAGUGGACACACAUUUUCAAACUGUGUCAGAAGACUUCAGCAGAGAUCUUGAUCACACCUCACAACAUCCAGCUUGACUUCAGGGGCGGACGAGAGGAUGUCCACAUUUAACAGACCAAAAGUGCUGCACAAAGGAGCUCGUGGUGUGGCCUGUAAACAUGAAGUAGUUUAAUUGCCAUGCCUUCUGUGAAAAGAAACCCGAGAACUGAGACUUUGGGAAGGCAUGGGGCAUGCAUACCUAAGAUACCCACAUGGACCAGCUAUUCCUUGGCACAUAAAAACACACAAAAAAAAAUUUGUCUCAUUGGAUGAUGCCAAGGCCAGUCUAAUCCAGAGUUCUGCUUUCAAUGGCUGCCUGCUAAGUGCCUCUGGGCACUCCCAAGCACCACACAUAGGGGUUGGCAUUUCCCAUUUGUGCCCAGCUGGGCUGCCCAUGGAGUGAAAGUCCUGCGUUGAUACCCAAAUCACUAGGGAUGGGGGAGAAAUCUGAUUCAGCUCUCAUUUAAAAGCGAACCUGGUGAAUUCACACUUUCCAAAACAAGGUAGGUAAAGGUAAAGGACCCCUGGACAGUUAAGUCCAGUCAAAGGCGACUAUGGGGUUGUGGUGCUCUGCUCAUCUCACUUUCAGGCCGAGGGAGCCGGUGUUUGUCCACAGACAGUUUUCCAGGUCAUGUGGCCAGCAUGACUAAGCCGCUUCUGGCACAACGGGACACGGUUGGAUGUCUGAAUAACAUCCAAAAGUACAUUUCAAAAUUGUUUCAAGACUAUUUAACUGUAUGGUGUUGAGAUGUGCCCACAGUUCAACAUCAAGGACGCAUUAAUACAUGUCUCCAUUGCUUUCUCUCCUUCUCUUUCCCUGACACCCCGUUUCCCACUCACCAGGGAGCAGCAGGAAGGUAAGAGAUUCCUAAGUCAUCCAUUAAUACUCGUGAUCAGUUGUGAUCUUUUCCACAAUCUUUUCUGGCUGUGGAUGUUUUGCUUUUGUGUUUUUUAAAAAGGCACUACAUAUUUUUUAUAUACUGGCAUCUGCUUAUCAACAGAUUUGUUUGUCUUUCCUGAUGGCAUUCCUAGGGUGCAUCCAGGCAGGCAGCUCUUAAUGCUCUCCAUUCAUUGUUCUUCCCUUGUAAGCCACACCUGGCCUUCCACAGCUAUGUGGGUGGGGACGGGGAGGGUAUAAUUCAUCUGGGUAGCAUCUCUCCCCCCCCCUUUUCCCUAUUCAUUCUUUUUUUAAAAAAAUAAACAAAUGACAAAGUUUUAUCUCAGCUCCUCCAGGUUCCUCUCUGCCUGCCUCUGCCAUGACCAGCAACCAAAAUUGAAACCCACACCAGCUGAGGUGCAAUGUCAUCUAAGCUUCCCACAAAAAAAAAAAUCAGAAUGAAUGAAACAGUCAACUUCAUCUAAUCUCCCUCCAAACAAAUUAUGAUGAAUGCUGGGUAAACAGGUUGUCUGGAAGUGCCCUUAGACUGAUAUUUUUUCUUGCAGAGCAAGAAGUGAAACCCUCAUUCUUUCCAGUCCUGAACUCUCGUGUGUGUGUGUGUGUGUGUGUGUGUGUGUGUUUACUUGUUUGUAAGACCUUUUUCCUCCAGCAGAAUGUCUUACAGGGCAGGCCAUUCUCCCACUCAGAGCUUGUUCCCAAAGCAUUCCCCUAACUUGCGGUAAUCAGCAACCAAUAUCCCAUAUCUGUUGACACCACCCUUGCCGAACUGAUAACCUCCCUCUGUCUCAUUCUCUUUUUCUUUGGUAUCUCUCUCUCUCUCUCUCUCUCUCUCUCCCCCUCUCUCUUUCUCUCUCUCUUUUUCUUGAAGAAGAGGAACAAGCUGAAGAAGAAGGUGAGGUGAUACCACACGUCUAUUCCCUCCCUACUCUUCCUGCUGAGCAUCCUUUGUUUUGUUUUGUUUUGUUUCAGGCCUAAGGCACUCUCACAGAGUUACUUAGUGGAGAACCAAGAAUGCUCCUGACUCCCACGGUGGCUCCAAAUCUUAGUGACUAAGAUUCAGAAAAGUUGGGGUCAGGGCUCCAUUUCUCUGGGAGGAGAAUGGGGUUGUUUCAAUUGGGAAAGGGGGCCUGUGUAAACACAGGAUGUCCAGUUUCUCUCCCCCCCAUGCCUGAAAGGUUUGCCUGCUGUUAUUCACAAUUUUUCUCCCUUCUGGUUUUCAGCCUGGGAUGACUCAGCCUCCCUUUGUUGUUAUGAAAUUCACAGGCCACUUUUUUGAGCGUCACAUGUUGUCAGGAUGCUGUCAGCAGCUCCCGGCUGGUUGCCCAGGAAAGUAUAAAGACAAGGAAAGUUUAUUACAGCCCUUUUUUAUUUCAAGCUUUACAGAGAGAGGCUAUAGAACUCAGCCUCUUGGAUAAUGGCAUAGUCACGAUUGAAUCUACACCCUCCCUUCUCUCCCACUUCCUUAUUUGUCACCAUCAUCACCUCCUCUAUGGGUGCCGCUAAGUGCCCUCUGUCUUUGAGCUCUUUGCUCUCCUACUUUUAAGGCUCGCCGGGUUCUGGGAGGUGGUGGGUCUGGAAUGCUUUCUAGUGACAAUGUGUCAGCCAGCUCCUCCUCCUCUGCCAUUAUUUCCCAACUUUUCUCCUCAUCUGCCUCUGAGCUGUGACCUCCCACAAACCCCUGUUGUAAAUCUAGACUGUCUUCCUCUUCCUCCUUCUACCUGGAAGAGUUAGGAUGGGAAGGCAGUCUCCACCAUUCUUCCUCCUCUUCCCAGUCCCUGACAUAUGUGCAAUAACUCUGUCUCAUAACUGGAUCCAAUGCUGUUUUCUUUUUCUUUUUUCACAAUCUGCAUUCCACCUCCUAGAUGCUUGAAGCCGGUCCCUUUAUUUAUGCUCAUAACCUCUUUCUUUCCUUUUCAACCCGUUUGCUUAACCAGGCGACAAUGCUUGAUGGCGGCGGCUACUUUUGCCUUCCAGUUAUAACCAAGCGUUAUUUUUCCCCUUCAAAUUUUUGUCCUCUGGUACCAAUCCCUGUGCAUCUGGAAACAGUUCUGAGGAUCGUGUAUUAUUCUAAAUGGAAGCUGAGCCAUGAAGUGUAAAUGGUUCUUUUCAAUAUUUUUGUGCCUCUUGGGAAAUGGUUCCUAUUCUUCUUCUUGCCAUUUUUUGUUAGUAGAAGGCAUCCAUUGUGGGGAAGAAGCAGAGAAAGAAUGAUGGCAUCACAGUACCAAUCAGGGAUCACAUAAAGUACAAAAUGUGAAGGUGGCACCGUGUAGCCAUUCAGAUUUUGCUACAUGGGGACAUCGCUAAGGCCAAACAAACAGUAUUACUCUCAAUUUGAAUGGAGAGAAGUGGCCUACAUAUCAUAGCUGUCAACUUUUCCCUUUUCUUGUGAGGAAUCCUAUUCGGAAUAAGGGAAUUUCCCUUAAAAAAUGGGAAACGUUGACAGCUAUGCUACAUAUCUCCGCUUUCCCCCUUGGCGAAUGUCUUUUUUAUUUUAAUGACAUUUCCCUCUCAUUUUUAUCCACAACCUGUAGAUCAGGGGUUGGGAACCUUUGGCCUGCCAGAAAUUGAUGGACUUCAAAGCCUAUCAGCCAUAGUCAGCAUGGCCAAGGAUGAUGGGAAUUGGAGUCCAACAAUGUCUGGAAGACUAGAGCUUCCUCACCUCUGCUGUAGAUGGAUUGAUCUGCCUUUUCAUUUCUCUCAUUAAUUGGGUCUCUACCCUACAACUUCCCUCUCUCUCCUUGCUCCACCUCAUCCUUGCUCCAUCUGUGUUCCCCGUCCUCUUGACCCCUGUGAUAUAUGUUGUUUGCAGUGGCUGACGAACCUGAGCAGGCUGCUGAACAAGGUAUCUUUCUUCUUCACUCCAUGCUUCCUUUUUGGGGUGGGGGUGGGGACACGUAACCAGGAGGGGGCAAGUCAAAACGUUACUUCCCCUCCUCUCCAGCAAAAUCUGGCAUGUCACAGCCUGGUGAUGGGCAGAGCUAGGCCGCACAACCUCAGGCAAAUGGCUGGAAAGAGAGCAUAAACACAUGGUCUCUGAUGCCCUGCUCUACACAUGAUGAGGUGAUAGAACAGGCUAUAUCUUAGAGACUAGGAAACCUGUGACUCUCCUGAUGAUGUUGGAGUACAACCCCCAUCAUCCCUGGCUAUUGACUGUGCUGGCUGGGGCUGAUGGAUGUUGCAGUCCAACAACAUAGAUUCCUCAUUCCUGAUUUGGGUGAAGGGUUGCUUUUGAGUGCUCCCCUACAGAAACACUUAUCUGCCAUUAUGCAGCUAAGACACCAGGCCUGAAGAGGUCCAGUUGCACUAGCUGUUAGUUAGUUAGUUAGUUAGUUAGUUAGUUAGGUAGUUAUUUAGCUAGGUAGGUAGUUAGUUAGUCAGUCAGUGAGUCAGUCUGUCUGACUGUCUUACUUGUAAAGAGUUGUUAAUGUAGGGGAGCAUUCAUAAAUGAGAACUGCUCUCUGCCAUAUGACACCCACAGAGGCAGCUAUGGUUUUUUUUUACCCAAGAAUAUCCGAGGACAUUAUUCUUAUGGGUGUUCUGGUCCAGGAAACACUGUCAGGAGAACGUGGGGAGCUCUGGUGCUUUUACAAGUUGCCACAAGGUUUUACAAAAGAGAAUGGAAAAGACCUUGGCCGCUAUGUCUAAAUUAAGGCUAGCCAACCUUCUGCCCUCAGUCUUUGAGGGGGUUUUCUUUUUGCCCUUCUCACAUGAAAUACUAGGCCAAAAGCUCUGCCUCAUUCUGAUGCAUAGUAGGCUUGGCUUGAGUGUGGUACCGAGUGCACCACCUUUCUGAGUUAAAUUUAACGGCUUACUUUAUUUACAUACGCACACACCUCCGGCAGCUCCCGUGAGGUAUUUCUGACUUCCAAGAAGUUAUCUUCCCAGCCAUCCACACCCCUCAAAGCAGGAGGAUGUGCACAGGUUCCUAACAGAAUAUGCCUUGUUGAUAUAUUUUGUGGAGAUAUAUCUACAGGCCUCUGGUGUUGUCCGUGUGCCACACAUGUUCUGGAUACAUGCAUGUCAUGUGUUUUCUCUAUGUAUCUGUGUUGAGAACAUGUGCACCCCCAUCAUGUCUAUAAGGGAAGCAACAUAUCUAAGCCCAGAUGUGGGUAAAAGAUAUUUUCCAGUACCUAUGGACAUGCCUGUGACCAUGAUCAUGAAAACCGUCUUCUGUCUGGUGUCUGUCUGGACUCACCUGCCAACAGCCCUGAAAUUUCGGUUGGAUUCCUCUAGGCCGACCCUGGAAUAUUUACCUGCUGUACAGCCAAGCGUUCUGCUUUCAGCUAGGGUUGAGCCAAAAUUUCUCAAAAGAAAAAGUUUGUGGCAGUUGACUUUCUUUUUUUAGCUCCUCCUGAACCACUGGAGAACAUCAUGAGUAAAUGAAAGGAUUCAUAAAUGAAUAGAUAGAUAAAUAAAUAAAUAAAUAAAUAAAUAAACAUCCCCUGAAUGAGAAUACUCCCCAAUUUUGGGUUCUGUGAAAAAUUUCACCAUUCCUGAAUUUUGGGUGCAACUUUGGAUCUAGUUUAGGGUUGCAUAUUUCAAAAAGUGAAAAUCCAGACACAAAAGUUGUUGAGAAUUAUUAUUAUUAUUAUUAUUAUUAUUAGCCAGAUGUGUAUGCCAACAUGGGUUGCAUAUAUGUCCGGAUUUUCCUGAUUCCGACUGCAGUAUUCUGGGUAUGUCCACAUGUACGGCAACCCUAAUCUAGUUGUAUUAUGGUUUGAUAUCAUUUUAAUGUCUUUGAAGAAAACAAUGGACCACUCUCUUAGCCCCUUGCUCCCUCCACCCAACCAACCAUAUGAACUAACAGCAGAGUUUCAUUCAAAAUUAAAUGAGAUGGACAUGUCUCAGAAGAGAGUUUUCUGAGAACUGUUGGAGAAUUUCACCUUACUCCUCCCUCCCAAAAAAACCCCCCACAACCAUUGACCCCACCUCCAUUUCACCCCCACCAAACAUCAUGAAUCAUUUGAGGAGGCUGUUUUAGACCAGUCUCUUGCUGGGUGGGGCUGAUGAGAGUCCUAGUGCAAAAUGUUGGGAGGGCACCAAGAUGGGGAAGGUUGACAUGAGCCUCUGUGGACUAUAGUCCACCAGCUACAUCAAGUGUCAUCCUCAGAGUUGCAGAUGGAUCGAUAGGCAGAGAGACCCAGUAACCCCACUGCCAUGCAUCAACUCUUUCGUCACGACACAAUUUCGGUAUUACAUUCUUCAUUUCCUCCAGUUCAACAAUCUAUACCUUUCAAAUUGACCUGCAGUCAGAUACCGGUAUACCGUAUUUUUCCGUGUAUAACACGCCCCCAUGUUUUUUUGGGGGGGGACUCCAAAUUAAGAAAAUGGGGGGAGAUUGUCCAGACUUCUUGAGCUUUUUUCAGGGGGUGGCCCAGAGUUGUUCAGCUUUUUUUAGGGGGGAUCGGCAAAAAUCGCUCACCCGCCUGACCUACGCUGCCACUCGCACGCAUUGCAAAAUCCACCUAUCGUCUGUCCCCUCGCCGGCAGAAGCCGCCAAUCACCCGCCCAAUUGCCGCAGCGACAGCCAAUCAACACCAGCCCUUGCCGCGGCCACCAAUAACAUGCCCAUUAGCCACUGACAAUCUCCGGCUCGCGGCAGCAACCAAUCCCACGUCCCCCCCCAUGCACUAUCCGUGUUUAAGACAGCCCCUGAUUUUUUACACAAUUUUUAAAUUAAAAAUAAACCUUGUCUUAUACAUGGAAAAGUACAGUAUAUCUCUGUGAGAACGCAACGGUUUGUGCUUCACCAAUGGUAGCUGAAACCCCACUUCCGCAGCUAGCUCCGGAGGGCAGCAAAGACAGCCAUUUGCUAAUCCUGGCCAAGAGCCCACCAGCCCUGCAGGGGAGCUGUUCUCACUUUGCAGAGGGGGAAUGCAGGACAGCUGGAGGCAGAACGAGAGAAUUCUCAAUGCGGGCAUCUAAUUCUUGGAAGCUAGGAGGGUCCCAGAGACAGUGCCUUGCUGACAGCCACAGGGAUGUAAGAAGCUCCCUUAUACCAAGUCAGCCUAUUGGUCUCUCUAGCUCUGUACUGUGUACACUUGUUGACAGGCAGCAUCUCUGCAGGGUCUCAUGCAGAAGCCUUUCUCAGCUCUACCUACGGACACCAGCUCCCCAACCCUCCUCCUGCCCUCCAGAGUUUUUGGAGCUGGCUGUCUUUGUAACAGCCUGUUGACGAUUUGUUCUGCAUCUAUUAAUGACCAUUCUUUGCCUUCUGUUUCUCGCAGAGGAAGAACGCCCCAGGCCCAGGUAAGCAACAGGUAUAAGGUGCUUCUUCCACAGAAGUUCAUUGACCACAGGAGCAUUGGAUGCUGACGUUCUCACUAGAGGGUGGAAGGAGCGGUGUGUACACAAAGGCAGAGUUGCUGCCAUUCCCUCCCUCCCCCCCUCCCCCCUCAGAGUCUCCUGCGUCUUUGUAAGUGGCCUGACAGGCUGAAAGUCAAGAGGGUUUUCUGCCCAGGGUGGUAUCAUCACAGUGAGGGAAGGCAGUAAUUAUUGAAUCACUGCCUAGAAUGUCUAGUUUUUAAAAGGCCCUGAAACCUUUUGAGUGUUUCCCACCACCACCACCACCCCCUAUAAUUAUUAAAUUUUCUGUUUUACAUUUUAGAAUAUUCAUUUAAACAACCCAAUGACAUCCCUUCUUCUCUUUCCAUGGUUCAUUUUGCUUAACAUAAAUCCCUGCACAUUUUAUAUAAACUAAACCAUUCAGUACUCCAUUAUUACAUCCAUCAAAUCUUAUUUCCACUGCUGAAUUUAUCUUAAUGCCGCCCACGUUUUCAAAUGUACACAAUUUCCCCCCAUAUAUUCAAUAAACAUUUUCCAAUCUUCUUUAAACAUAUAUUCCUCUUGUUCUCUUAUUCUAUAUGUUAGGUCCACAAGCUGUGCAUAUUCCAUCAGUUUAAGUUGCCAUUCUUCUUUAGCUGGGACCUUGCUCGUUUUCCAUUUUUGGACUAAUGAAAAACACAAACUGCAGUAGUGGCAUACAUAAAUAUCCUUUUUUGACACCUGGGAAUUUCUACAAAACCUUCUGAGUGUUGAUGGGCUUUGAUUUUUAUUUUUAAACUGUUGAUUCUGUGGAGGCCUGAUUAGAUUAGCUGAUUAAUCUCAUAGUGAUCGUGUUAUGUAGUUGGGAGGAGACGGUUUUUACAAAAAAUAAAUAUGCUAUGACUUUUUGUGUGAUCACUAGAGCAGCUUGUUGUGACUGCACUGAUGUUUUUUACAAUUAAAUUCUAAAUUUUAUGUGCAGUUGUUUGUCUAUUUGAUAUGCAUUUCUUUUUUACUGUACGGUGCAAAGAGUGAGUUAAGGUGAUGAAUAAGUUCAGUAAAUAUUGAUCCUUCUAUAAGAAGAAAAAAAAAGGACAACCCAACACAAAAUUGGCACUUGAAGAUUCCGCUUUUUGAUACACAAGUUUAAAAAUUCUCUCUCCCCCUCCCCCAAAACAAAACACACUCACAGCAAUUCAUUUUAGCUCUGACAUGUCUAAUUCAAGGGAAGUGGUAGCAGAGAUUUGUUUUAAUUUUUGGCAGUGUUUUUUUGGGGGGUGGGGAGAAGGUCAGUAGCAUUUUCAUAUAUUAACUAUAUUUUUAUUUCCUUGUCUGUAUUUGCACACAAAGGCCGGUGGUUCCACAGUUGGCUCCUCCAAAAAUCCCUGAGGGGGAGAGAGUAGAUUUCGAUGUGAGUAUUCUGUUUUAUUAAACUGUCCUAAUCCCCGCUUUUUUUUUUCUUUUUUGCAUCACUUCCCAGACAGCCCCAAGCCUUUCAAACAAACAGCCUCUGCCAAUAGACCAGACAUUUAGCCAACUAGCACAGAUGCCAUCCUCAGUCAACCUUAGUAAUUAAAUUGGUUCUCAGAAGACAAAUUGGGGACCUGGUUCCUGGGGUUGCCUGAUGCUCUGCUAGCAACUAUACACACAUGGUGGCAACAGCAGCUACAUCUACAGACACUAGCUGGUGAUAAUACAGAUCUUUUUUUCCCCAUGGGUGAAAAACAAGGUGGUUCUUAAGUGGAAAAAUAGCUGGAAAUGAAAAUGUAACCAUUAAACAGUCCUUUCUUCCAUUUAUAUUUGCUUUUAAUUUCUAAAGACAAUGCCCGCAGUGUGUAUAACAUGUACUUUGGCCUUAACUUAUUAGAGAUAGUGGGCAAGCACGCACUAGGAGACUUGUGGUCUGUCUCUGUGCAAGACCAAAUGUCCUCCUGUACUGUUAGAAGUCCUGCAGCAACAAGUGGAAUUUUCUUCGGCCAUAUACAGUGGUACCUCGGGUUAAGUACUUAAUUCGUUCCGGAGGUCCGUACUUAACCUGAAACUGUUCUUAACCUGAAGCACUACUUUAGCUAAUGGGGCCUCCUGCUGCCACCGCGCCGCCGGAGCCCGAUUUCUGUUCUCAUCCUGAAGCAAAGUUCUUAACCUGAAGCACUAUUUCUGGGUUAGCAGAGUCUGUAACCUGAAGCGUAUGUAACCUGAGGUACCACUGUAAUACCUUUCAAGGGUCCGCCCUAGGCCAGCCCACAGAGACAGGCACAGGACUAUCUGGUUGACUUUCAUCUCCUUCAAGCUAACCUCUCCCUCUGCCUGAUGGACAGGACAUCCACCGCAAGCGUAUGGAGAAGGACCUCUUGGAGCUGCAGACCCUCAUUGACGUGCACUUUGAGCAGAGGAAGAAAGAAGAGGAGGAGCUCGUUGGUCUCAUGUCAAGGAUUGUGAGUUCUUCUUUUUUUUGUAUAUAAUUUUAAUUAGUUUUCUUUUCUAACAACAAAUAUCAAAACCAUUUCCAAACAUACAUUCUUCCCCUUCCCGUUGACUUCCUUCAGUUUCCCCUCUGGUUUGUUACAUUAAACGAUACAAUCUGCUAUUCCUUAUCUGUCAAAAUGUUAUUAAAGGAUUGUGAGUUCUGGGCAGCAAAGGAUUGUGUGUAGCUGGGAACAGAGGGGCGUCUGGUCAGUGUGGACACACACACACACCCCUGUGUAUUGUGUGUAGACUGGCCCCCAUUCAUUUCACAAGGCUGUCCACACCUGAAUAAAUCCCCCACCAGUUUCAUCUCUAGUCUUCCCCAAUCUGAUACCCUCCAUAUGUUUUUGGACCACAUCUCCCAUUAUCCCUGACUGUUGGCCAUGCUGUUGCGACUGAUGGACGUUGGGAGUCCCAGAACAUCUGGAGGGCCACAGGUGUCCCCAUCCCUGCAUUGAGUGGCUCAUUUGAAAUUGGUCAGUGGUCCAACAGUUUACCUGCUCACACCACCUACUUCUAAGGGCGUCGUGGCAAUCACAUACAGUGGACGCUCGGGUUGCAAAUGUGAUCCAUGCGGGAAGCACGUUCGCAACCUGCAGCGUCCGCAACCCGCAGUGCUGCGUCUUCUGUGCAUGCGCAAAGCACAAUUUAGCACUUCUGCGCAUGCACAAGCGCCGAAACCCAGAGGUAACCUGUUCCAGUACUUCUGGAUUCGGCGCAGUGCGCGACCUGAAAUCACGCAACCCAAAGCGACUGUAACCCAAGGAAUGACUGUAGUGGUUUUUCCUUUGUUUAAUUAUAGGCGUGGGAGGCAAUAUCCACUGUCAUUCAUUUAAGGCACUCUUCCACCCCUUUGACAGUCAUGGCUUCCCCCACUUGAAUCCUGGACCCUGUUGUUUGUUUAAGGAUGCUGGGAACUGUAGCUCUAUGAAGGGUAAAUAAAUUUUCCCAGGAUUCUUUGGGGAAGACAUGACUGUUAAGUGGCACAGAUGGGCUUUGAAUGUAUAGCUUGGAUGUGACUUGGGAAUGUAGCCCAUGAGAGCUUUAAUUCUCUCUCUCUCUCUCUCUCUCUCUCUCUCACACACACACACACACACACACACCCCUGAAAUGAAACCAGCACCACCCAUCUUGCACUUAGGAAAAACAAUUCCACCGGUGUUCUUUAACCCUUUCUCUGUGUUACUUUUCUGAUACCUGUGCCACCACCCACUGCUAUUUGUUCCAUUGGAGAAAACAUAUCGGUACAGAUAGCUGCUUUUUUUCAGAAAUUUAAAAAGGCUGGCGGUUCAGGGAUCUUCAUUGCUAUGCCCAGUUUGGCCCUAAAAGACAAAUACUGGGUUGGCAAGGGGUAUGGGGGGGGGUGAUAAGAAAUGCUGGCGGCUAAGAAGCUGCCCAGAGGGAAAAGAAUUUUUUUAAGGUUACACAGAAAGGCAAAUUUUUAUACGAGAGAGAGAGAGAGAGAGAGAGAGAGAGAGAGAGAGAGAGAGACGCAACCUGUUCUUCAAGAUUACAUCAAAUGGUCUGAUCUGUUGAUUCACCCAGCAGUGGUGUAGAUAAGGAUCUGAGAGGUAUUUUUAAGAGACAUUUCAAAAUGUGGGUAAAAUGUAUUCGUCCAGUUCCAGAGACAUAUGGGAAAUGGCCUUUCGAAAUAUAAAUUGGCACACUUUCCCCAGCAAUAUUUGAAUCUUGUAGCUGCAUCCUGUGUUGCAAAUCAUGUAGCGAGCUGGAUGUUGAGCGAAAUAACCUCCAAGGUUCCCUUGCAAGCCUAUUAUUUCAAUGUUUCAACGUUUCCGAGCACAAUUCAAAGUGUUGGUGCUAACCUUUAAAGCCCUAAACGGCCUCGGUCCUGUAUACCUGAAGGAGCAUCUCCACCCCCAUCGUUCUUCCCGGACACUGAGGUCCAGCUCCGAGGGCUUUCUGGCGGUUCCCUCACUGCAAGACAUGAAGCACAGGGAACCAGGCAGAGGGCCUUCUCGGUAGUCGCACCCACCGGGUGGAACACCCUCCCAUCAGGUGUCAAGGAAAUAAGUAACUACCGUACUUUUAAAAGACAUCUGAAGGCAGUCCUGUUUAGGGAAGUUUUUAAUGUUUAAUGCUGUACUAUAUUGUGUUUUUAAUAUUCAGUUGGGAGCCGCCCAGAGUGGCUGGGGAAACCCAGCCAGAUGGGUGGGGCAGAAAUAAUAAAUUGUUGUUGUUGUUGUUGUUGUUAACCAAACCCAUUGGGUUGGCUUAGACGAGCCAUUCUGGCUGCCAAAAAGCAGGAAAUACAAAACCAUACAUAGAGGGCCAGACUGCCAGGGACUGUACAGAGAAGGAUUGGUGGAGACCGCCUCCCCCCCCCCAACCUUCCAGAGAAGAGGAAGACAGUAUAGAUUUAUAACAGUGGUUUGAGGAAGGUCACGGCUCAGAGGCAGAUGAAGAGCAGAGUUGGGCAAUAAUGGAAGAGGAGGAGGAGGAGCGGGAAGCAGAGCUGGAGCAGCUGGCUGACACAUUAUCACUAGAAAGCAUUCCAGACCCCCCUUCUCCCAGAACCUGGCGAGCAUUGAAAGUAGAAGAGCAAAGGGCUCAGAGACAAAUGGCCCUAAGCAGCCACCGUAAGGUGGGUGGUGCUGUUGACGAUUGAGGAGAGAAGGGGAGUAGAGUUUACUAAGCAUUUCUAAGCCUCUCUCUGUGAUUUUUGAAUAAAAGACUUUGGUAAGAACUCUCCCUGUUGGUCUAUUCCUGGUAGCCUACUGUGGGGGUGGGAUCAGAUUCCCUGAAGCCUGACACAGAUGCAGCCAAGAAAGUCACAGCAUGGAAGAAUCAAGGUCUGGGUCUAAAGGAUGGGUGGGGGAGCCUGUGGCCCCCCAAAUGCUCUUGGAGUCUUCCAGCUCCCACCACGACAGAGAGCGAGGCCAACGCUUAGGGGUGAUGAGAGCUACAGUCUGAUGAGAUCCGGGUGCAGCGGUGUACCUAGGGGUCGGUCGUGUUGGCCCCCGCAAGCACAGGGGGACACGAAAAUCUCACCUCUCUGCUCUGCCUUGGAAUGACUAGGAGCCUGUCUGCCCAUCCGCACACUGCCCAGGCCACCCCUUCACUGCUCUGGGUAGCCAGCCAAUGUGUGCAGGUUCCUCUUCCAAGUGCGCAAGGGAGCUUAGGUGCACCUCUAUCUGGGGAGCCCACCCUGCUCUCAAGAUAUGCAGGGGAAUAGUGUGCAGAUUAUGGUGCUGGAGGAGACUCUUGAGAGUCCCAUGGACUGCAAGAAGAUCAAACCUCUCCAUUCUUAAGGAAAUCAGCCCUGAGUGCUCACUGGAAGGACAGAUCCUGAAGCUGAGGCUCCAGUACUUUGGCCACCUCCUGAGAAGAGAAGACUCCCUGGAAAAGACCCUGAUGUUGGGAAAGAUGGAGGGCACAAGGAGAAGGGGACGACAGAGGACGAGAUGGUUGGACAGUGUUCUCGAAGCUACCAGCAUGACUUGGACCAAACUGCAGGAGGCAGUGGAAGACAGGAGUGCCUGGCGUGCUCUGGUCCAUGGGUCACAAAGAGUCGGACACGACUAACCGACUAACCAACAACAACAAGUGUGCAGAUCUGUGCAGUAUGAAAAGGCUUCUCUCUCUCUUAAACCACCACCUUCUCUCCUCUUUUGCUUUCACUCCUUUCAUUACCUUUUUGACCUCCCCCCACCCUUUUAUUUUAUUUUCCCCUCUUCCAGGCUUAGCUAUUUGGCCACCUCUUUGUUGGGUUCAUGGAAAUAUGAACAGUGCUCAGAUCUGCAAAAGGCUCGUUUAAAAAAAUAAUCUAUAGGUUCAAACUUUUACAAACAGGUGGAGUCUGAGACAGAUGUUGGCAGCUGGAAAGAAGGGGAAGGAGGGGGGAGAGAGAAGAAAAAUGAAGUCUAUGUUUGGGGUGAAUGCACUUUGGAGAUCUAGGAUCUAUCUCUCUUUCUCUAGGGCAGCUUUGCUCCACCUUGCACUCUCCAGAUGUUUUUGGACUACAGCUCCCAUGAGCCUUAGCCAGCAUGGCAAAAACACAAAGACAGACCGUGAUGCAGGGAAUGGUUGUUCUUUGCUCCCACCUAGUGGUUGGUUAGCUGUGUAGGCAUAAGAUCUUAAAUGCUGAAUCCGAAACAGCAACGGGGUUGCUCUCUUGCAGAAUCUACUGAAGAACAUUCAGAUGCCGCAGGUUGUGUGACAAAAAGGGUGCUGGUCCACCAGCACUGGAAAAAGAGAAAUAGCCAUAUACAUGGUUAUCCCAAGUGACAAGGGUGUUCCACGGAACCAUUCAGGAAAGGAAGGGAAGAAAGACUUCAUGGGUACCAUGGCAUUCACGCUCUCUGGUUUGGCAACCCUUGGACUGCAACAUCCCAGAUAGGUUCCGUGUCUGGUCUCCAUCCGGCGAAGGAAGACCUCCCAUUUCCCAAGUUCUGUUGUUGAACAGCUCUUACUUUUCAGAAGCUUCUCCUGCCUAGUAGUCGGUGUUGUUUGCAAAGUCGCUUUCACGUUUCUCCUUGAGCACCGCAAAGUUCUGAGCCGUUUCUCGUGUCCUUCGGCAGGAACAUCGGCGGGCGGAACGUGCUGAGCAGCAGCGAGUCCGCACUGAGAAGGAACGGGAGCGGCAGAACAAACUGGCCGUGAGUAUUGCCAUUGCCUGACAGCUUCCCAUUCCAGCUCAUGGGUGGGGGACCUCAGGCCAGGAGCCAAAUGCGGCCCUCCAGCAUUCUUGGCUCGGCCCUGGGGACUCUCCCCAAGCCACACUUCACUUCAUAUGCUCAUAUCCUGGGGACAGCCCCCAGAUUUACAAAUCAGUCCCGCUGUGGGUUAAACCACAGAGCCUAGGACUUGCCAAUCUGAAUGUCGGUGGUUCGAAUCCCCGCAAUGGGGUGAGCUCCCAUUGCUCGGUCCCUGCUCCUGCCAACCUAACAGUUCGAAAGCACGUCAAAGUGCAAGUAGAUAAAUAGGUAGCACUCUGGCGGGAAGGUAAACAGCGUUUCCAUGUGUUGCUCUGGUUCGCCGGAAGCGGCUUAGUCAUGCUGGCCACAUGACCCGGAAGCUGUACGCCGGCUCCCUCGGCCAAUAAAGCGAGAUGAGCGCCACAACCCCAGAGUCGGCCAUGACUGGACCUAAUGGUCAGGGGUCCCUUUACCUUUACCUUUACCCCAUACAAAAUCCAUUGAAGUUCAAAAGUGUCCCCGGAUUCAUUGAAAAAAAUCUGGUAACCUUACAUUAACUGUCCCACUUUAAGUGGGACAUCCUAGAUUUACUAGCUCCCAGGAUGUCCCCUUUUGGCUCCCACGAGAGAAGGGCCCCGAAAGAUGCAUGUUUUUGGGGGGUCAUGAUCUUGUGCGAGUCACGUGGCUCCCACGGGAGUGCGGCCCUGAAAAAUGCACACGCUGAUUUGACUUGGCGACAAAUUGGAGAGUAUGAAAUGAGCCCGCUCUAGAAAAGGUGAGAUUUACAUUGGUUGCUUCGCCCACAUUCCCCCCCCCCACACACACACCACUGUCGUGUGACUGCUGGGUGGUGGCCCAGUUGGGAAUGUUACCCUUAAUCUGAAAAAAGGUUCCCUGCCCCUCCCUGUUCUGUCAUUGGAUAAUGGAUUCCACACGGUCGCCCUGUGCAGGAAGAGAAGAUGAGGAAGGAGGAGGAGGAGGCCAAGAAACGGGCAGAAGAUGAUGCCAAGAAGAAGAAAGUGCUGUCCAAUAUGGGGGCUCAUUUUGGCGGGUACCUGGUAAAGGUAAGUUGCUGGGUAACAGUAAGGAGGGAUUUACUCUUUUGGAUAAUCACAGUCUUUGCUUUGCUUUGCUUCCUAAUAUUUCAACCACUUGCAUGCCAUCCAAUUGGACCUGUUCUAGAGGUGUACAGUGCUAGCUAAUUUCUCACUGCAAAACCAUAGAUUCAUAGUAGAGGACGUGCUUUGCACGGGGCGAGGAGUGUUGCUAUAGGAUUUUUGGUGCUUAUUUUUCCCCUCUUUUUUGAUUUUUCGCCUUUUUUUUUUUGAACCAAUUUUUAUUUGAUUUUUCAAGUGUAGAAUUAUAACAAUACAUAAUACAUAUCCACACUUAGAUAUUUCUCCGAAUCUCUGGACUUCCCACCUUCCAUUCCGUGGGUCCAAUUGUCAACCUUUUCGACUGCAUAUUAUCCCAUAAUCCAUAUUUUAUGUCACUCCAUUUUGUAGUAUCUGCUACAUUACCAGUGUUAUUGCAAUCCUGCUAAUGUUUUCAUCUGCUUACAGUGGUCUCCCAGAUAAAUUAUAAUUUUUUCCCAUUCUUUAUUAAAGUUUGGGGGAUACUUGGUGUUUCUAACAGGGAAAAGGAGAUGUGGGCUGAACAGUCUGGAGACACCAAAUUCACCCUAACCCCAAAUAAAACCUGAUGUCCACCUUAUCUAAUCAGGUUCAUCCUCUGCAACGAUUCUCAAGCCUUUGAGAAUCUGCUUCCCACGUGAUCUUCAGGAAGGGACUGAAUAUAUAAUAGCACCGCGAUGCCAUCAGGUGGUUCUUUUCACAAUUGCAGCCACCAUCCCUUUCCUGCGAUUCAGUCUGACGGGGGUAGAGAGAUACCUGUAGCCAAUCCAGAUGUUUCUGGACUCCCAACUAGGGCUGGAAGAAUCUGUCCAUCUUGCUUCUCUCCUUUUCCCCAUUUAUCCAUUCUUCAUUUUGGUUCUUCACACUGCAGCAAUUUGCAAAUUAUUUUUGUACAUAUGAGGCGGGGGGAGGGGGUUCCCAAUGAAAAUUCUCCAGCAUUUUACUACAAAUUUCUCCUAAUGAAUUUUAUGUUAUUUUCACCAAUAUAUUCAUCGAUGUGCACAAUUUCCAAAUACAUGCAUUUUUGUAAACAAUGUUUGGCUGGAGAACUGCAAAAUUCAGAUGCCAAUUUUUGAAGGGUAGCUGUGUUUUGGUUCACGGAUUGCUCUGGCAAGUUUGUAAGCAGCUUGCAAACACAGUAAAAAUACAACAAAAAUCCCAGUUACAGUAAACACAAUAAAAACCUAAAAAAACAAAAAACAAAACAAAAAAUAAAAGCUCUCACAGAUCCUUCUAACACCAAAAGAGGCCGCAAAUACUUUAAAAGCCUUCAAAUUCAAGGUCAAAAUCCUGGUUUAAAAAGUUUUCCCUAGGUGACUCCCUUUUGUACACACUUCCCACCUGGUUUCUCUCUCUUAGGCCGAGCAGAAACGUGGCAAGAGGCAGACAGGCCGUGAAAUGAAGAUCCGGAUCUUAUCGGAGCGAAGGAAGCCGCUCAAUGUAGACAACUUAAGCGAACAACAGCUGAGGUUGAUAACAGAGUGGAGCUGCAAGACUGGCACCAAGGGUCCCCUGCAGGGUUCAACCAUAGAAAAGUCCCCUUGACCCUGCCCCUCCUCACCAUUGCAGCUGGCUCAUUCAUGUACCUCACACUUUGGCCCUGUUAUAAGGGGGGGAAACUGCUCCUUUUCCCUUACGGGGUAUUCCAGAGCCCGUAUAGAGUCCUUAAGUGGGUUCCUUAUCGGCAGGAGAAAUAACAGAAGCCAACCAGAGUACAGCCAUACCUUGGAAGUCGAACGGAAUCCGUUCCGGAAGUCCGUUCAACUUCCAAAACGUUCGGGAAGCCACAGAAGCCGCAACGGAUGUUCGGGUUCCAAAGAACAUUCACAAACCGGAACAAUCACUUCUGGAUUUUUGGCGUUUGGGAGUCAAAACGUUCAUCUCACAAGACGUUAGACUUCUGAGGUGCGACUGUAAAUUGAAAAGCAAAGUGGCUAGUAAGCCUGAUCUUUAUUCAGGGAACAGUUGCAACAGGGUUCCACACUCACCACACGCAGGAGGGAGGAGAACCCAGAACAUUGGUGCACAAGCCCUUAUAUAGACUUUUGAAAUUGCCCACCCUGUAGUCCAAGACCACCCCCCUGAAACAUCAUACAUACAUCACAGAAGGAGGCGGUCUCCAGCAGAAAUCUUGCCUGCCUGGAUACCUGAUAAUGGUCACUGAUUGCAUUACCUGGGCAGCCUGGCCGUUCUUUUGUGAUGGUUAAUACUUUAGUUCCUGAGUCCAGGUCACAGGCUCACCCUAUUCAUACACAAAUGCGGCCUUAAGACAGGAUUUGCAAGCAAAAAGACAAUGGGAAGGCUUUCCCCAUUUGCCUCCCUUACUGCAGAGGAAUACUUGAGGUCAAUGGGUGAGUCAAAAUGGCUUCAGGAUUGCUCUCCCAUACUAUUCCAGACACAUGGUUCAUAUAUUUCGAUAUGUGUGCAUUUAUGAACAUUUAUUCUAUAUUUGAGACCUUAAAAGUCUUAUAACAGCCCAAAGGGCAGAAGCAAGCAGACACAGCAGUGGCGGGGAAGGAGAUACUGCUGCCUGGUUGCCCCUUGGCUCUGUCUGGCAGCCAAGAUGAGGCAGAGGAGCACCAUCAGUUGACAGCAAUGGCAGAGAGGAGGGAGGGGACCAGGGAAGGUGGCUUGGCCAAAGCCCCCACCAUAGCCACCAGCAGUUCUUGGCACUGUUGACUGCCUGGCCAGGGAGGGGCAUGAGGGAUGUUGGGGGGGGGGGGUUAAUCAGAGAAGUCCCCCAAACCCCAAUACAAUUUGCCUCUCUCUGUCCAGGGACACAGCCAAGGAGCUGCAUGACUGGAUCCAUCAACUAGAAUCAGAGAAAUUUGACCUGAUGGAAAAAUACAAAUGUCAGAAGUAUGAGGUAAGGAGGGAGAAAAAGAAAUAUACUUUUGGAUACGGAACUUUCCCUGCUGCCAAAAUGAUACUAACAUCAAUUUCCCUCUCUGUGUUGUGUGUUUUCCCUUCCUUUCCAGAUCAAUGUUCUUUACAACCGCAUCAGCCACGCCCAGAAAUUGUGAGUGACCUUGUGGUUCCGGCAGCAACACACACACACAAAUUACUCUGACCUCAAAUCCCAUUACCCCCCCCCCACCCACCCACCACAUGUUUUAUAGCCACAAAACUUGUGCAUUUUCACAACUAGAAUCCACAGUGUGGAAACGGCUUGAGGAACAGGUUCUAGUGUUCAUGUGGAACUGUUCAUGAAUUCAUAAAGUCCACAACUGCCAGGUUUAUAAAAUGUAUUUUAAAAAUCCUCUUUUUGGCACCUGCUAAGGACAUUUUUGUUCAGACAAGCUUACCCAAAUGCUUAGGAAUUUGGGGUCAUUUUAAUCUGUUUCAGCAUUUUAGUAUUUUAACUUUUGCAUGUUUUAAAGUACAGCUGCAAUUUUUUUCUUGAUUUUAUUGUUAUAUCUUUAUGUAAACUGCUUUGGGGGUUGUUGUUGUUUUUACAAUCAAGCGGUAUAUAAAUUUUCUGAAUAAAUAGAUAAAAUACUAUUUUGGAGAGCUGGAAUCCAGGUCACCAAAAUCUCAAGAUCUGCACCAAUUGGAAGCUGAAAUUCAGCUGUAGCAUUCUCUCAAACUUUAACAUUUCAUAUUUGGAAAUUUGCUGUGUCAUAUUUUGGUCUUGUGACUGCUUAGCUUUAGUUUCCCUCACAAAAUAUAUUUCAGAUACAUACUGUAUAUAUGCAAGCAGUACACAGAGCUGGGUGUGAGUCUUCUUGGAUGGAUAGAUAGAUAGAUAGAUAGAUAGAUGAUAGAUAGAUAGAUAGAUAGAUAGAUAGAUAGAUAGAUAGAUAGAUGGUGAAUGUGGAUAUUUUACAACUUGUACAUUUCUUCCUUGCAGCAAGAAAGGUGCUGGAAAAGCCAGACUUGGUGGCCGCUGGAAGUAAAAAAGACGACACCCACCCGCCUACAGUUCAUGCAGAGAUCUGGGAGCUACUGUUGAUUGCAGCAUCCCAUUGCUUCCCCUGCCCUGUUUUAUGUUGAAAGCUGACCAGCCUGCCCUUUGUCCAUUCUUCUUCACCCCUGUCAUGUGUGCCUGUAACAAGCUCUUUGCCACAAGCCAAACCCAAUAAACCAAACUCUCCCCUCUGUGGUACCUCCCCAGUGAGUACAGCCUCCCUGUGUUUUAUUGGUGGAAAGAAUGUAGAAUCUCUCUUUCUAUCUUUCUCCUCGCUUUCCAGAGAAGCUGCUUUAUACUGGGUCACACUUCUGGUCCAUCAAGCUCCUUAUUGUCUACACUGACUGGCAGCACAAUGACGAUUGCUCCAAGCACGUUAAAACUUGGUUAAUUUGCAUUUGCCCUCAUCCACCUUUAAGCAAAUGUUCCCCACAAAAAUGCUUAGGCUACAAUAAAUUGCAGACCCUUGGCUUUGCAAAUAAGUGAAUAGUUUCCAGACCUUACAGCAAACAAGUCUCCAUCCACUGGAAAUAAAAUGAAGAAAAAAAGGUUCCAAGCAACUUGAAAAGAAAAGUACUUGGCUUCCAUACAAAGUGAAGCAGGCAAUCUUUGUGUUAGCUAUAAUAAGCAAGCUAUAAAAUCUCCCUUUUGGAGAGGUUCUUUUCAUUUGCAGGGAGCCAUAGAUAGCCACGUGGCUUCUUGCUUGUUCCAGGAAGCGUGAAGAGAGGAAAAACUGAGAAGGGGGUGCUGAGAAGGGCGCUGAGAGCCUACUAAGCCAUACCCACACUGGUAACUUGAACUCAGAGUGCAGGUUAACAUUUUCAUGUACGCCAGUGUGAGUCAGUAACUGUAUAUUACAUGUUUUGUGGCAGCCCCUAAAUUGUGACCCUCCCUCCCCAGAGAGGUGUGUCUGGCACCCUCAUUAUACAGCUUCCACACCUCUUUUGACACUUGAGAUCUAUAUUUUUGAGGACCUAUCUUGUAAUGUUGCUUUAAACUGUUUUUAAUGUUGUCUUUUAAUGCCGUAACUCACACUGGGACAUUAGAGUGAAAGGCUGGUAAAUAAUAAUAAUAAUCAGUGCUUUUUUUCUGGGGAUACUCAAGGCCAUGCGGUACUGGCAACAAAGCUGUAAGAGGUCAACUGGAUGCCUUUUAAUUUAUAACUUUCCUUGAUUUUUUUUAAAGAAGGUAAAAAUAGAUAAUCUAAAAUAAAGAUAGGAACUGUUACGAAACAAAAAAACAUUGAAAGCAAAACAAGGCAGUUGCUAGGCUUGGUCACAUGGUUGCUAUACUACUUUGGAGUGAUGGAAAUUCUCAGAGUUUAAAAAAAGCAGCACGGGAUGAAUACCUGGGAGACUUUGGUGCGUGGCGAUACUCUCCCUUUAAGACUAGCUGUACCACUCCAACAGAGGGCCUACUUAUUGCAGCUAAGGAGGGAGCGCUGGAGCUCAGGGAGGAGAGAGUUUGCAGCAGGAGCCAUUUUGUGUGUGUGUUGAACAUAGGCCUGCAACUCCAAGAUAGAGCCACCCGCAUCCCAUUUCAGAAGAGGCUUCAUUGGGAUACUAGAACUGAGGAGCAGGAGUGCGCUGAAAGCAGAGCAGCACGUAAGAGGUAGCUCAGUCUGGGCCCUUUUCAUAGAUGUUGCUGGGGGAAAGCCUGAUAGGAGCAGGCCUGUUGCACUUCUAUGCUUUGCAAUCCUGCACAAGCCGUACCGCUUGGCAACAUUGCAGGGCUGCUGGCGGCGGGUGGAGGGGAGGUAUGGGGCAACUGGGACAAAUAGACCCAGGCCUACACAAAACCAGGGAUUCCCUGCCUCGGUUCCUCUGGGUGCCGUUGGCCACCAAUGGUUGCUUGAAGGAUGACUUGAGAUUUCCUGGCAAAUGUUCCACUGAAAAGUAAUUUUCUGUGGCAGUUAAUACAGCAAAAGGGGGCAUUAGUAGUGUGAGACCAGGCCUUAAGAGAGAAAUCUUUCCUGAGUGUUGGAGAAGGCCAGCAGCAGACCACAACCAGAAGGCCAAUGAGACUGAGCUUCAAGAAGCAGAAAGAGUCUGGAAUUUGGAGGAGGUGCUUGGGAAAAGUACAAGCUAAUCUUCAUUCCCUUUUCUGCUGGUUCAGAGCAAAGGUAGAGUCCAGCAUUCUGUUCUGACAGUGGUCAAAGGCAUGAGUACAGGUUUUUGCCAGCCCUACCAGGAGAUGCCGGGUGUCGAAUCAGGGUCUUUUUGCAUAAAGUUAGAAAAAGACCAGAGUGGCCCACAGGUUGUGUAUACGCCAUACAUUUAAAUCAGAUUGCUUCCCCAAAGAAUCCUGGGAAGUGUAGCUUGCCUCUCACAGAGGUGCAAUUCCCAGUCCCCUUAACAAACUACAGUUCCCAGGAUUCUUUGGGGGAAGUCAUGGGCUUUAUGCGUGUAUGGCGUAUAUACAGCCUCACUCUGAAAUUCAGGUAAAAAUUAAAACUGGCAUUGGCUGUGAUUCUCUAGGGAUGUGGCGGUGCUGUAUCUGGUGACAUUUCUGUUAUUAUUUUUAUAUAUCUUGUGGAAGUUGAAAGCCAGCUCAAGCUUAGGGCUGACAUAGUGUGACCCCAUUCUUUUCAUAUUUCUGUGGGCACUUGCUGAUUCUUUCCUCUUUCUUAGGGUUCCAUAAAGUCUAUAAAGAGGGCUCAGAGACAGGAAAUAGGUUGAGAAAUACACACACAGCCUACCAGUUCCUGUCAGCAUUUGAAAGUGAAUCUGUUUCCACUCUCAUUUCCAAGGCAACACAUGUAGGGCUUUCACUAUGGAGAUGUUGGUGAGCUACACAGUACUCCACAUCUUCAUAUAUAUUAUGCUACAUAUUACAUUACAAGGACAGGAAACCUGUGAGCCUUCAGGUGUUGUUUGAUUGCUACUCCCAUCCUCCCUGACUUUUGGUCCCACCUGCCAAACAUUGGACAAGUGUAGUCUACUGUCUUUUCAGCAGCUACUGAAGACUUUCCUCUUCCGGCAAGCCUUUUGAGUAGAGAUUUUCCCCAGUGUGGAUCUGUAUAGGAAUUGUUUUUAGAUGUUUCUAGAUGCUUACUUGUUUAUUGCUUGUAUGCUGCCCUGGGAGGAAGGGUAGAAU